AUGACACCUCUCCCCUGGACAGCCUCCGUCGUCGCCGUCGUCCUCCUGCUCUGCCUCCCAGGGAUGGCAAUGCCAGGGCCCGGCCCGGAGGAUGCCAGCCUGGACCCGGCCCUGCUGGAGCUGCGGACCCUCCUGGCGUCGGGCGAGGAAGGCGCUCUGCCCCAGGGCACCCUGGAGUCCCUGUUAAAUAUUGCGGUGGGUCGUGUGCAGUGCCCGGCAGUGCCGUGUGAAAAGGUAAAGAGGAUGGCGGCAGGUGUGCAGUCUUCUCCCGCUCGCGUGGGUCAAACUCCAGCCGGGGUUCAAAGGUCCGAAGGAUGAGGCAGGCAGCCUGGACGGGAUGCCGCCGGCCUCACUCGCUUUGGGUGCAGAAUGGGAGGAGGGGUAGGAAAAGGAGUCAUCCAGGGAGAAAUCCCGUUCCUAUUAGCCACCUGGAAAACCCCUUUCUCUCUCCUGCUGUCUGUCUCUGGGAAACCACAGGAGCUUUAACUGGUCUUUGCAGGGUGCUGGAUUCAAUCUUACGGUUGUGAUUGAUUGAUUGAUUGAUUGAUUGAUUGCAUUGCAUUGAUAUCCCACCUUUUAUCCCAGAAACUCAAAGCAGUGCAUAGGGCUCCCUUCCCCUUCUCAACAGCCCUGUGAGGUAGCCAGGGCCAGAUUUACGUUUGAUGAGGCUCUAAGCUACUGAAGGUAAUGGGGCCCUUUCUAUGUCCAGCUGUCCUUUGUCAACAACAAACUGUUGCUGUUUUUUGUGUUGAAUAUAUGUUAUAUGGUAAUUGAUGGACCUAAUAGGUAUCGUAAAGCCAUUUGUACAUAACAAAUAGGAGCCUACACAACACAAAACACUGUUGUUGUAUGUAAGUUUUAUUUUUUUUAUCGUAUAUUUGGAAAUGUACAUCCAGGUUUUUUUUCUUUAAUUUUUUUGGGGCCCCCGAGAGAGUGGGGCCCUAAGCUAUAGCUUGUUUAGCUUAUAUGUAAAUCCAGCACUGGAGGUAGUUUAGGCUGAGAGGCAGCGACUGGCCUCCAAGGCCACCGUAAUGAGCUCCCUGGCUCAGUGGGGAUUCGAACCCUGGUCUCUCCCACAUUUUAACCCCCUGCACUGCACUGGGACACUUCCCAGUGCAAGUUUCUCCAGUUGUCUUUACCUUCUGCCUCUGAACUGUGUUAUGUGCGGGGGGGGGGCGGCGUGCAUUUUGCCAGGAAUGGCGAGACAUGUAAAAUGCCCGUGCGUGGACAUUUAAGGCGCCGCAGCAACACCUAGCAUGUUAUUUCACCUGCUGGCAAGACUCACUUUGAACCACUUAAUAACAGGUUGCAGGACAAUGGAGGUUUUUCCCCCCAGCUGUAUCAUGGAUCUAGAGAGCCAAAGAAAACUUUCAGCUUUAAAACCAGUGGAAAACAGGCUGAUGUGAACAGACACGGCUGCCAGCAGAUCCACACCAUAUAUUAAAGCGCACAACACUUGCCCUCCCCCUCCAAGAAUCCUGGAAACUAUAGUUUUCUGCUACAGUUCCCAACACCCCAGUUCUCAGGGUACUUGAGGGGAAGCCAUUCCCUUGAAAUGUGUGUUGGGUGCACUUUGGGGGGGGGAUGAUGUGAAUCUGCCCAGAGCACGUAGGGGAUGAGGGCUGGCGAUGAUCCUUGGUGUGGCAGGAAGGGCAUAGAAUCCUAGAGUUGGAUGGGGUCCACCAGAGGCCAUCUAGUCCAACCCCCUGCAAUGAGGUCGUUUGACGCGGGGCCCAUUCUUGCCUGCAAACUGUUGGCAGGUAUGGCGUUACCCUCCUACAUCCCUGAGGAAGGAGAAGGAAUCCCUUCAACUCUUCACUGUCGGCUCCAUGCAAUGCAAAGCCAUAGAACAUGUCUUAAAAAGAGGGUAAAGGUGUAGUUAUCUUCAACGUCUGUUUUCGUAAGGUUAUGUGUAAAGUGAGGGUGGGGGCAUGAAUCCAUGGAGCUCUCUAAUAAGAGCAUAAUCGCAGGGUAGUACUCAGUCCAGAUGAAUUGGGGCCAGAAUCUGAUUUUGGAGGAAGCUGGUCUAACAGAACAGCUGACAGCCCAAGCACAGGCGUGCUCUUAAAUAAAUGAAAGGGUUUUUUCCAAAAAGGAGAAUAAAUAAAAUGCAAACAGUAUCAGCGGAAGGAGCAGCAGGUACUCCUGAACUCAGAUCAAGAGGUCGUAGAAUUUUAGACUUAGAAGGGACCACAAGGGUCAUCUAGUCCAACCCCCUGCAAUGCAGGAAAACAGUGGGGCAGAUGAGAAUAUUUCAGCAAAGGAUACAGCACCCAGCUGCCCGUGCCCAGACACCUCCCCUCAGCAGCUGGUCAACUGAAGGACGUGCCUCACAUUCCUGGAACAGUUUGCUAGGCAAUAUUUGUAAGAAUUCUCAAUGGUCCUCCAGCCUCACCUGGAAUCCAGUCAGUUAUUAACAGACUUCCAGACCAUAGGCUGGCCCCAUUCCUCCCAGUAGAUUCGGAAAUUGGUUGUCUGCUAGAGUUGCAGGCAGGGGACUCUUCCAGCCCUGUUGGAAGAUGCCAUCAGGGGUGAACCCUCAGGCCUCCUGCCCCUUAGUCACAACCCUUCCUGGGUGAAUCCCAGUUCUCCUGCCCUGGCACCGGAUCAUAGGUUUAGACAAAAAACAAGGUAUUUAAAAAAACCAGAUGUUUUGUUAUUCGUGCUCACCCAUUUUGCACAGUGUCUCUGGGGAAAGCACCAAGCAAAGAACGAAAUGUGAAAAAGUUAAGAGCUCGCCGGGGCAACAGGAACUGUCUCCUGGCUGGACCAAAGAAUCUAGCCCAAAGUAUCCUCAUCAUCAUGGAAUUGCAGAGUUGCAGAGCUGGAAGGGACUUCUGGAGAUCAUCUAGUCCAACCCCGCUGCGAUGCAGGAAUUGCAGUUAAAGAAUCCAUGACAGAUGGCCAUCCUGCUUCUGCUGGAAAACCUCCAAGGAAGGAUACAGCUCACUGCCUUAAUCAAACACCUUCUUUUAUACUAAAAUGCAUUGGGUAACGAUUGCAGUCAUAAUCUCUUGGUUAACAGGAUCUCGGCUGCAGCUACGGUUGCCAAAGUUUUCACUUCCACUGCUUCUGUGGGCUUUAAGAGUUUCACGUCAGGCUGAAGUGCUGCAGAGCAUUUUCUGCACUGCAUUUCCCCGCAGAGUUCAAACAUCAUCUGCUACAUUUCUGCCUGUACUGCAGCUAUUAGCUCAAGGAACAAGAGCCCUGUCAGAAUAACGGUUGGCAACCUCCGCUGGGGCAAGGUUCGGCCGCAAAGCUAAUGGCCAUGAGUUUGAAGAAGGGGAAGAGGCUACAUCACAGAUUGAAGCAAAGUGGGGGCCCCUUCCCCAAGGGCUGUGGGCAGCAAAGAGUUAAUAGCCAAUAUACAGAUGGUCUACAGAAGUUGGAGAUUUCACAGGGUCAAAGGACUGUGCAGGUCCUUUUAUCAGGACAGAUAAAAGAAAGGCCUUCUUGAUGUGGCACAGAGUUAAACUGUGGAACUCCCUGCCACAGUGAUGGCCACCAACUUGAAUGGCUUUAAAAGAAGACUGGAGGAGGAGAGGGCUAUUGAGGACUACUACUAGGCUCUACUUGCACAGCUAGUGGCAGCAAUGCUUACAAAUGCCUGUUGCUGGAAACUGCAGGAACAGAGAGGGCUCUUGUGUUCGAAUCCUGACUCUGGGUUUCCCACAGACAUCUGGUUGGCCACUGUGAGUGUGAUGGCCUGGGACUCGGGCUCGGACUUGGAGCCAGAGGAGUCUCAGUCUGCACCGGAUCCUUUGCCUCAGGCAUCAUCUGAACCAAGUCUGGGGCCUGAUCCUGAAGAGCCCCAGUCUGCACAGGUUCCCCUGCAGCAAACCCCACCUGGGCCGAGUCAGGGGCUGAGCCUGCCCUGGCUCCAGAUGCGGGGAUUCCCUCGUUGCCUCCAGCUGGGCCAUCACUUACAGCUGCUCCACUACCGGUUGGGUCAGGGGAGGCUGAGGCGGCCCCUGGGUCUAGUAACCCACCGAUGUCUCCCAAGCUGCAGAGACUGAGGUCUGAGAGAAGGAGAGACCUGAGUAUUCACAGGAGGCGUGCUUGCCUUCGGCCGAAACGGAGGUGAGUCGCUGGGGGAUCAGGACUGGCCCCGACACAGAUAAAAGGCUGUCGGACUCUGCCCCAGGUUGCGGGAGCAACAUUGCUGUUUGCUAGAACCUGCCUGUGAUCCUGUGCCUGACCUUGCCUGGUUUCCUGCCUUGGCCCUGUCGGACUGACUCCUCGCAGAACCCUUGGAUUCGGGACCAGACCUGGACCGCAUUACUCUGGCUACCCGCAGGCCCAGCACAAUGGAUGAGCUUUCAUCUGAUCCAGCAGUCAGGCUCUCCCGAGCUCCUUCCGUCUUUGAAGCUUUCACCCUGUGAUGUGGUCAGUGCAAAGGACUUCUGUUUCUUUUUCUGCUGGAGCCACUUUGCUGCAUCAUGUUCAACCUGCAAAAAAGGCUUGGCGGUUGUGUUUCACCUCAGACACCACCGCAGCCAGCAGAAUGGAGAAGUUGAGCUUCACCUUUUUUUGGCAUGAACCAGCCUGCCCCCUGCCCAACCUGGCACCUUCCAGAUGUUUAGCGCUACAACUCUCAUCACCGACAGCCAGAACAUGAUGGAAGCAAAAGUCCAAAACAUCUGAGAGGCUGUUGAGCUUCUUAGAGAUUCUUGCAGAGGAACUGACCCUGGGAAGGUUAAAAAGGUAAAGAGUUUGGAUUUGAUAUCCCGCUUUAUCACUACCCUACGGAGUCUCAAAGCGGCUAACAAUCUCCUUUCCCUUCCUCCCCCACAACAAACACUCUGAGGUGAGUGGGGCUGAGAGACUUCAAAGAAGUGUGACUAGCCCAAGGUCACCCAGUAGCUGCAUGUGGAGGAGCGGAGACUCGAACCCGGUUCCCCAGAUUACGAAUCUACUGCUCUUAACCACUACAUCACACUAAAGGUAAAAGGACCCCUGACCAUUAUGUCCAGUUGUGGUCAACUCUGGGGUUGCGGCGCUCAUCUUGCUUUAUUGGCCGAGGGAGCCGGCGUCCAGCUUCCGGGUCAUGUGGCCAGCAUGACUAAGCCGCUUCUGGCAAAACAGAGCAGCGCACAGAAACGCCGUUUACCUUCCCGCCAUAGUGGUACCUAUUUAUCUACUUGCACUGGCGUGCUCUUGAACUGCUAGGUUGGCAGGAGCAGGGACCGAGUAACGGGAGCUCACCCCAUCGUGGGGAUUCGAACCGCUGACCUUCUGAAUAGCAAGUCCUAGGCUCUGUGGUUUAACCCACAGCAUCACCCGCGUCCCUCUGGGAAGGUUAAGCCUAGAGAAAAGUAGGGACUAGGAAAGCAUGGAUUUCCUUCAGGUUCUCUUCCCAGAUAUCUCUGGAACUUACGGUAAAUUAGACUUUGGGCCCAGCUACUAUCCUCGUCAAGCAUGUCUCUGAUCAUGCACAAAGUCCAUUUCCUUGAAUGGCCACAGAUUGUUCCUAUCCAUGAGUUGAAGUAAACGGCAUUAGCCCAUUGAAAGUGACAGCUUCCAAGCAGAAAGGAGACCCGAGACUGUUUCUUCUUAAGAAACCAACCACCAUUGCAUUGCUUGACCCCAGAAUGGCCAAGUCCGAACCCCUAGGAUCCAGAUUUUCACAGAGCCAGCCUUUGAAAACAGGGAAGCGGAGAUAAUAGAAUCAUGGAAUUGUAGAGUUGGGACCCUGCGGGGUCAUCUAGCCCAACCCGCUGCAAUGCAGGGAUCUCAACUAAAGCAUCCACGAUAGAUGGCCAUCCAACCUUCAAUGAAGGUGGGUCCACAACCUUCUGGUGGACUCCGUAGCAUUCUACUAUUGAACAGCUCUUACCUUCAGAAGGCUCUUCCUAAUGUUUUGUUGCAAUCUCAUUUUUUUGCCAUUUGAAUCUGUUGGUUCAGAUCCUGCUCCCAAAGAGAACAAGCUUGCUCCAUCUCUCAUGUGGCAGACCUUCAGAUAUUUACCGAUGGCUAUUGUAUCCCCUCUGUCAGGAUUCUUUUGGGGGACAGGAAUUUUUUUGGCGGGGCAGAACCAAUGUGAUUGGGCAGUUAAGUAUUCCUAUUGUUUUACUUGAUCUUAUGGCUUGCACAUAACUUCUGUUUGCAUCCUGCCCUCAAUGACCAGCUCUGUCUUCUUCCCACUUCUGUUCCCACCCCAAGCCUCCAUUCACCAGAAAUUCUUUACCUGUUACAAGCAAAUGCAAAAGCCCGUGUAGGGCCCUCAGGUAAACCCCAGAGGCUGUGUGAAAAUGCCUUUAUUAUGAGGAUUAGUUUAGGAACGGGAUCAAGGAGGAGGAGGCAACUGUUUAGGGUGGUGCCCAUUUUUUAAAUGCAUUUAUUUUGCAUCUCCUGCGCAUCAAAAGCAUUCAAAUGCCCUGGCCCUUCCUUUCCCCUUUGAUCUGUUCCUUUGCAAAAGAAGGAUGAAAGGGCCUCAUCUGUUGGGUUGUCUUAGUUACCCUCCAGGAGGCUCAGCUGGAGCCAGAGCCCAGCAACCUUCUGUUGCAAAGAAGGCACCCUCCACAAAUCCAGAGGGGAGUCCCUAAGGCGGUUGGAUGUCUCCUUCCAGCAACUCUUGCAGCCAAGCUGGUCUCAAAUGUCUUGUUCCGCUUUCCUUUGGGUCAGCAAGGCUAGGGAGGGGCGUGUCUUGUCAUCUGGGCAGCCCAGGACUUCCAGACACACUGCUCAGGCUUAAACUGGGCCAAAACAAACAAGAUGAAUUUUAACAGGGAGAAAUGUAAAAUAUUGCACUUGGGCAAAAAAAAUGAGAGGCACAAAUACAAGAUGGGGGACACCUGGCUUGAGAGCAGUACAUGUGAAAAGGAUCUAGGAGUCUUGGUUGACCACAAACUUGACAUGAGCCAACAGUGUGACGCAGCAGCUAAAAAAGCCAAUGCAAUUCUGGGCUGCAUCAAUAGGAGUAUAGCAUCUAGAUCAAGGGAAGUAAUAGUGCCACUGUAUUCUGCUCUGGUCAGACCUCACCUGGAGUACUGUGUCCAGUUCUGGGCACCACAGUUCAAGAAGGACACUGACAAACUGGAACGUGUCCAGAGGAGGGCAACCAAAAUGGUCAAAGGCCUGGAAACGAUGCCUUAUGAGGAACGGCUAAGAGAGCUGGGCAUGUUUAGCCUGGAGAAGAGGAGGUUAAGGGGUGAUAUGAUAGCCAUGUUCAAAUAUAUAAAAGGAUGUCACAUAGAGGAGGGAGAAAGGUUGUUUUCUGCUGCUCCAGAGAAGCGGACACGGAGCAAUGGAUCCAAACUACAAGAAAGAAGAUUCCACCUAAACAUUAGGAAGAACUUCCUGACAGUAAGAGCUGUUUGACAGUGGAAUUUGCUGCCAAGGAGUGUGGUGGAGUCUCCUUCUUUGGAGGUCUUUAAGCAGAGGCUUGACAACCAUAUGUCUGGAGUGCUCUGAUGGUGUUUCCUGCUUGGCAGGGGGCUGGACUCGAUGGCCCUUGUGGUCUCUUCCAACUCUAUGAUUCUAUGAUUCUAUGAAAUACCAGGGAGGUCACGCCCCCGGAGGCACACUCCAUUGUCUCUUGAGACAGACAGGUGCCAGCAACAACCCCACCUUUGGGCACAAGACAGAAGUACUUUUCUUGGGGGACAGGAAGCGGGAGGGUGUGGAGGACUCCCUGGUCCUGAAUGGGGCAAUUGUGCCCCUGAAGGACCAGGUGCGCAGCCUGGGGGUCAUUCUGGACUCGCAGCUGUCCAUGGAGGAGCAGGUUAACUCUGUGUCCAGGGCAGCUGUCGACCAGCUCCAUCUGGUACACAGGAUGAGACCCUCCCUGCCUGCGGACUGUCUCACCAGAGUGGUGCAUGCUCUAGUUAUUUCUCGCUUGGACUACUGCAAUACGCUCUACAUGGGGCUACCUUUGAAGGUGACCCGGAAACUGCAACUAAUCCAGAAUGCGGCAGCUAGACUGGUGACUGGAAGCGGCUGCCAAGACCACAUAACACCAGUCUUGAAAGACCUACAUUGGCUCCAAGUACAUUCCCGAGCACAAUUCAAAGUGUUGGUGCUGACCUUUAAAGCCCUAAACGGCCUUGUUUACCAGUAUACCUGAAGGAGCGUCUCCACCCCCAUCAUUCAGCCUGGACACUGAGGUCCAGCGCCGAGGGGCUUCUGGUGGUUCCCUCCCUGCGAGAAGCAAAGCUACAGGGAACCAGGCAGAGGGCCUUCUUGGUAGUGGCACCCUAUGGAACACCCACCAGAUGUCAAAGAGAAAAACUACCAGACAUUUAGAAGACAUUUGAAGGAAGCCCAGUUUAGGGAAGUUUUUAAUGUGUGACAUUCUAAUAUAUUUUUGAUCUUUGUUGGAAGCCACCCAGAGUGGCUGGGGAAACCCAGCCAGAUGGGCGGGGUACAAAUAAUAAAUUGUUGUUGUUGUUACAAGAUCCUCCCCCUUGCCAUGUCACCCUCACAACAACCCUGUGAAGCACAUUAAGUCCUACGCUCUAAUCACUCUGCCACGCUGUCUCUAUCCUGUCCCUCCUCAUCAAAUGGACUAAAUGGGCAGCUGGCCUGAUCCUGCAGGCUCCUUCUCCUCUGUCACCAGUGGCUCAGCUAGCUGCUCCUACAUCCGGAGUGGCACGGCGGUGCGAUCCGCCCGGGGGGGGGUAUCACCCCCCCUCUGGGAUGGCACCUGAGGCGGACCGUCUCCACUGCACCCCCCUUCCUACGCCCCUGUCUGUCACCUCCGCAUCUUAUUUCCAGAUGCAGACAUACUGCUAGGAUGGACCAUGCUAACCUCUAGACAUCCCUCCCAGCAGAGCCAUAUUUUUUUGCAGAUUCCCCUUUAAUUCCUAUUCUGCUGGGCGCAGGCUGUGGGGAGACUCACUGAAGAACUAUGUGUUUCUGUUUGCUUGGUGAACAUCAGCAGAACCAAGCAGAUGCCUGUGAGACACCAGUAAGUAGGAUCUUUUUAAAAAAAAUAACAAUUUCAACAUAACAAUAUAUCAAAACAUAUCAUAUUCAUUAUUUCCCCCCCUUUUACCCCAUUCCCCAUCAAACCCCACCGAGACAUUCCUCAACUCCUCUCUCUGAUUUCUCAACCCAUGUCACUCUCUGCAUGUUAUAAAACUAUUUCCAUCCUUGUAUUAUCUAUCUACCAUGUUAUCAAGCACUAAAUUUGUGUAUGUUUAUUCAAAACCUGCCAAGGAGUCUUUGUUGUCUUUUUAAAUACUUUGUAAAAAGUUCCCAUUCUUCCUUGAAGUCACAGUUGUCCUCAUCUCGCAGUUUGUAUGUCAGUUUAGCCAAUUCUGCACAGUUCAUCAACUUCUCUUGCCACUGCUCCUUUGUCGGGGUUUCUUCGUUCCUCCAUCCUUGUGCUAUCAAGACUCUUGUCGCUGUUGUGGCAUACAUGAAUAAAGUCUUUGUUUUCCUUGGCAGCUCUUGUCCUAAAAUCCCUAACAAAAAUGCCAUAGAUAGCUCCUCUCUCCCGUGAAUUUGUCUACCCCUCUUUUUAAGCCCUCCCGAGUUGUCAACCGUCACUGCCUCCUGUGGCAGAGAGUUCCACAGUUCAACCCUGCACUGUGCAAAGAGGUAUUUCUUUUCCUGCUGCCUCGUAUUUCACAGUGCCGAGGAGACAUGCAGGCACCCAGACGUAAGUUGAACGUGUGCCAGGUUGCGAGAGACACAGAGAGAAUGACUCUUUGUACUCUCUGCCAGCGUCACGCUCGGAAGUACACAAGCGAGAAUGUCAGGCUCCAGGUGUGAUCAUGCACACCUUCCCCUGGGGUGCCACCCACUUUGGCACACAUUGAGGCACGCUUGCCUUAGGGAGGAAGGCAUUCCAUUCCUGGAACGAUAGAGCUAUAGCAGUUUCGGCCGGCGCAGCGAUACUGCAGCGGGGUGGAAAAACUGCAGAAGUCGAAUUUAUUUGGAACAUGGCUACAUUCCACCUCUUUCAAGAAGAAAUUCUCGAUGGGUAAUAAUCAAAAGCAACAAGAUCCCCCUAGGGCAGGCAUCCCCAACCUUUGGCCCUCCAGAUGUUUUGGACUACAAUUCCCAUCAUCCCUGACCACUGGUCCUGUUAGCUAGGGAUCAUGGGAGUUGUAGGCCAAAACAUCUGGAAGGCCAAAGGUUGGGGAUGCCUGCCUUAGGACUGCCAUCUGACCAGGUCUGGCCUGCUCCUACGCCAUUCACGGCCAGCUGACCUGUAGAAAUUAGCAAGGCAACCUCUUUGCCGUGUCAAGAGUGACAGAAUUCCUGCAUUCCUGCACUCACCUGACUUAUUCAAUCAGGAAAAAAAUGGAUCCCGUUUGCAACCAGUGGUACCACUGUCCUCUGAUUCCUGGACCAUUCGCAGGCCGGAUUUAGAAGGCAAUUGGGCCGGAUCCGGCCCCCGGGCCUUAGGUUGCCUACCCAUGGUCUGGACUAAGGAUUCUGAGCUCCUGUGUUCUGAUCCGAUAUGUCCAAUCACAGAACGUUUCAGGAUUUGGGCCUCUGCCAUUGGCCCUUGAACUCUGAGUCGUGAUUCGCAACUUGGAAGUUUAGCCAGCCAAUCACGUUGGGAGUGGGAGUGGCCCAGGCUUUCAGGAAUGUAUAUAAGCAUUUGCUUUGCCCCUGUUUCCCAGUUAUGUCGUUCAGUAAAGGUUCUUGUUAUGUACUGAAGUUCUCACCCUGGGCCAGCAGGGGGAUACUGUAGAUAGUUAUGCAAAUGAAGGAUCGAAAGUGACAUUCAGUGAUUGGAUAGUUUUAGAAAGUUGCAACAGUUACGAUUGUUCUGGAGCUCUAUAUAAGCAGGCUGACUGAGCUCCUCAGUUCAGUUCUGUUCCAGCUUACAAAUAAAGAGCUGUUUUGGAAGAAUCGCUGUGUCGUCUGAUAUGUUCGCCCCCAACUUAACAGUUCUUGCUGUUAUCGCUGUGCCUUGCCUCAUGGGAACCCACCUACCCUUCACUGGCAUUUGGGAUCAGAGUUUUCUGGGUCUGGAUUUUUCUUGUCCUAAAUUAAAAAGAGGAAAGGGGGUGCCUCUGCCUAUUAUUAUUAUUAUUAUUAUUAUUUAUUUAUUUAUUUAUUUAUACCCCACCCAUCUGGCUGGGUUUCAUGCCAUCUGGCCCCAACCAGACCUGACAGAAUAGCUUCAAACAACUGGCAACUUCCUAAACUACCUAUCCAGGCUUUGCAAACAGCUCAGCAAUCCUUUAUCAGCACCAGGGCAAAAGCCAAGGACUCCAUGGUUUGUCUCAGCCCAAAGCUAUCCAGACCCAUCUAGUUGCAGGCUGAGCGGCCUAGUCAGAGCUGGGUUCAAAUCCCACGUGAGUCAUUCACCUCUUAUCUGGUGCUGAUAACAUCCGAGAAGUUCACUUUUAUUAAUGUUCUGUCCCCUGCAUCUCGGAGGCCCUGAUCCAGCUGAUAGCUGCAGGAAACAGAACGCUAGGUGCAAUAGAUCUUUGGCCUGAUCCAGCCUUCCCCAACCAGGUGCCCUCCAGAAGUUUCAGAGGAGCCACAAAGCUUCGAGGCCGCUUUACUUUCAGAAAGUUCUUUUAUUUUCAUGUCAGCGUGUGCAAGCUUCGGAGUUACACAGCACUCUGCGUCAGAUGUCGUUUAUUUAUUAUUAAAUGUGUCCACCCAUCAACAGAAUCAUUUGGGCAGCUUGCGAAGGAAAAACGAACAAACACCGUAGGGUUUUAUUUUAAAAAGACACAAUAAUGAAAACCAAAUCUCCAAAUGAAUCCGAACUUCAAUGUCUAAAAUCCCUGGUAGAGGACAAGGCUCCUGAGAUCACGUUAAGGGUAGCCAAAUUCUGUGCGAUUGCCAUAAAACUUAGGGAACAAGCUGUGCUAUCAUAAUAAUUAAGGUUUUAAAUGAUAAUUUUAGGUUAUAUGUUAGAGACUAAGUUUUAAUUUAUAUAUUUUUAACUGUUGCUAUGUCUGUAUUAUCCCUGUUACACCUAAUUGCAAAUUCAAAUGUAUCCCUAUCGUGUUUUAUGAUUUCCUUGAUAUUGUAUGUGGGCUGGAACUGGUCUGGGACCGAAAUAAUAAAAAUUCAAAUAAUGGAAACCAUAAAAAUCUGUGCAAAAAUAACAAAUUGUCCCCCUCCCCUCUCUCUCUCUCUCUCUCUCUUUCCCCCUUCCAGUGUCUCUCUGCUUCGGAUAUUUUUACACUCACAAAGAGAAAAACUCCCAGGGAUGCCAACCUCACAUCCUCGGAGCUGUUGCCGUUCUCCGCUGGCCUGGUCUACUACCUCUCUGACCCCACGGCAGCUUGCCAAGCCGUGGCGGACGGAGACUGGGUGGCCAAGGUCCGCACUUUGCAGAGCGAAUUCUUAGAGGGGAAUCGUCCCACUGGGCCUGAUCGAGAGAAGGUGGCCGAGCUGAUGGGGGCCGUCCAGAGAAACAUCCAGGAGAAUGAAAGAAGUGAGGUAACAACAACAACAACAACAACAACAACAACAAAAUUUAUUUCUUCCCCGCCCUUCCCGGUUCAAAAUCCGGGCUCAGGGCGGCUAACAACAAAUUUAAAACAAUUAUAAAAGCAGCAUAAAAUACAGUAUAAAAACAUGAAUAACAAUAGCAUUCAAAAAAUAAAAAUAGAUUAGAUAAUCCCCAGGGCUAGCUGGCUGAAUUGGUCCUACUUGGGCCAGCGAGGAGGCCAGGGGAGAAUUACCUGUGGGGUCUCAGAGCGGGUGAUCUUCAUAAAAGGGGAGGGAAGGGAAAUAAAAGAUCAGGCUGAAUUCAAAUUAAAGGCCACACGGAAUAGCUCUGCCUUACAGGCCCAACGGAAGGAGGUUAAAUCCUGCAGGGCCCUGGUCUCCUGGGACAGAGCAUUCCACCAGGUCGGAGCCAUCACUGAGAAGGCCCUGGCCCUGGUGGAGGAUAGUCUGGCUUCCUUAGGGCCUGGGACCUCUGAACUAUGGUUAUUCAUGGACCUUAAGGUCCUCUGUGGGGCAGACCAGGAGAGGCGGUCCCGUAAAUACGAGGGCCCUAAGAGAGGUAACACCUGGGAAAGGAUCUGAUGGCAGGAUCUACUCCCAUCCCAAUUAAGAACAUAAGGAGGAGCCUGCUGUGUUAGGCCAACAACAGCCCGUCCAGCCCAGCCUUCUGUUCUCACAGUGGCCAACCAGAUCACCCAAUGGGAAACCAGCAAGCAGAAUUCGAACACUAGAGCAGGGACUGGGAUUCAGAAGCAUUGCUGCCUCUCAACUGUGGAGGCGUCGUAGAGCCAUGCUGGCUAGGAGCCAUCGAUAGCCCUUCUCCUCCAUGAAUUUGUCUGACCCUCUUUCAAAGCCAUCUAGAUUGGUGGACAUCCCUGCCUACUGUGGCAGGGAGUUCCACAGGUUAACUGGGUGCCGUGGGACAAAGGCCUUCCUUUCGUCUGCCCUGAAUCUGGCAAAUUUCCAUUUCACGGGAUGUCCAUGCGUUCUAGGGUUGUGAUACAGAGCAAAACAUUUCUCUAUACACUAAGAUUUUAAUAAGUUUAUAAUUCACGUGUAGCUUAAUGUGCAGACCAGUUUUCCCCACGUUGGUGAGUUUUGGGUGUUUUGGAUUACAACUCUCACCUGGCCAGGUCAAACUCCAUGUUUUUGAGAGAUGCUGCCAAGACGAAUUUCCUGAUAAAUGGUGAUGCCCGUUAAAGGAAAACCGUAAUUAAAAUGCUAGCAUUCCCCUUUCCCUGCCAUUGCCUCCUUGCCUCCUGUGCUUGUGAGAGCUGCACGGUGGCAUGGAAAUUAGACAGCAAAAGCUUUUCCUGUCUUUUCCUGAUGGGGUAAAGUUCUACCUAUUGGAUAUCUGUCUGUCACACUAUAAUUAAGGAGGGGACAGCUGGCAACUCUAAUCUUCUCUACUGUUAAUCAUCUGGCCUUUGAUGGCAAGGAAGAGGAGGAAGACCGAACUUGAUAAAGCUCUAGGUGGGAGCAGUUAAAAGCUAGUUAAAUACGACAAGGCCAACUUUCUAGUCCUCAUUGCUAAGACAGAAAAGCCUCAAGACACACAGGCUUUUCUUAUUGCUCCCAUCGCUAAAUUCCCACACUUCCAUUCCCUUUUCACGUCCUUCUCUCCUCCACUGCCACCCUCUGUUAUUCCUCUGUCUCGCCAUUAAAUUAAGUACAUCGCUAGACAUUCUGCAGCCAUGGCUGUCAGGGUGGCUUACAAAAUAAAGCACAAAUACGUAGCUGUGAUUCCUGCCUUGCAGCGGGUUGGACUAGAUGCCCCCUGGGGGUCCCUUGUAGCUCUAAAAUUCUAGGAUCCUGUGAAAUAAAUUGCUCGGCUGAGCAGCCUCAGAGAGUCAGCCUGUUGCCUGACCUGCUCUCCUCUCCUCUCCUUCCCAGCCCUGCGCAGGAGUGGACCAGAUCCUGGAGAGCAGUGCACGGAUCUCCAAGCAAGUAGCCUUGGAGCCAGCUGGGCGGGUGCUGGCAGCCGUUGCCUACCAUGCCCUGGCAGGGGGCUGCUUCCGUGCCCUCCCCCCAGAGCACUACUUUGUGGAGUACAUCUUUGGGCUCUACAGCAACAAGACCCACAACCUCACCUUGGCAGGUAAUUUCAUCCCACUGGUUUUUUUGUUUGUUUUUUGAAUUUGAUAGUGUUUAUUAUACAAACCAUUAGAAGUAAAUUUAGGUAAAGGUAAAGGGACCCCUGACCAUUAGGUCCAGUCGUGGCCGAUUCUGGGGUUGCGACACUCAUCUCGCUUUAUUGGCCGAGGGAGCCGGCGUACAGCUUCUGGGUCAUGUGGACAGCAUGACUAAGCCGCUUCUGGCGAACCAGAGCAGUGCACGGAAACGGCAUUUACCUUCCCGCCGGAGUGGUACCUAUUUAUCUACUUGCACUUUGACGUGCUUUCGAACUGCUAGGUUGGCAGGAGCAGGGACCGAGUAACGGGAGCUCACCCUUCGCGGGGAUUCAAACCGCCGACCUUCUGAUCAGCAAGUCCUAGGCUCUGUGGUGCAUGAAGUGCAAGCUCUGUCUUGCAGGCCCUGCAGAAAGAUGUCAAGUCCCACAGGGCCCUGGUCUCUUGUGACAGAGCGUUCCACCAGAUUGGGGCCACAACCGAAAAAGCCCUGGCUCUGGUUGAGGCCAGCCUAACCUCUCUGUGGUCCUGGACCUCCAAGAUGUUUUUAUUUGAAGACCGUAAGGUCCUCCGUGGGACAUACCAGGAGAGGCGGUCCCGUAGGUACGAGGGUCCUAGACUGUAUAGGGCUGUAUACGUCAAAACCAGCACCUUGAACCUGAUCCUGUACUUCACCGGGAGCCAGUGCAGCUGGUAUAGCACCGGGUGAAUGUGAUCCCGCAGAGAGGACCUCGUAAGGAGUCUCGCUGCAGCAUUCUGCACCCGCUGGAGUUUCUGGGUGAGUCUCAAGGGCAGCCCCACGUAGAGUGAGUUACAAUCCAUCUUUGGAAAUACACCCGGGUGUGGCGUAGCUACAAAAUGUCAAAAGCUCAGCUGGGGACUCUGUGAGAGUGCUAUUGAGACAUUAACAGUGCAGUCUCUCUAAUCCAUGUCCACCGAGAAAUAAGUCCUGUUGAAUUCAAUGGGCCUUAUUCCCAGGUAAGCAGGGGUUAGGAUCACAGCUGAAGGCUGUGAACCUGAAAGUCCUUGGCUGCUGCUGCUGCUGCCACCAGCUCCAUAAGUCUUUGAUAGAGAGUGUGCAAAGAGCUCAAGGAGUUGGGUUGGUGGUAAAUGCACGUGGCAGAGAUCCUGAGGGCAUCUGGUGAGAUCAGGGCCUCUUCUGUGUUUGCAACAGGCUUGACCAGGCUGAUGGAGCAGCUCAAAGUGGGUCCUGAGGCGUCCCACGCAGGACACGACCACGGGGAACCUGGGCACGAGCACCCUCACGACGACCACGCGCUUGGCAGCCACCACGACCACGCGCACGAGGGCGCCACGCACGAUCACCCUCAUGAUCAUGGUGACCACGAGGGUCACGAGGACCAUCACCUUCAUGAGCAUGGUGAUCACGAGGACCAUCACCACGGCAAUGACACUGACCACCACCAUGGCGAUGAAAUGGAACACCCUGGAAACCGAACGGAGAAGAACAUGGCCCGGCGGAGGCGGAGUCUGCCUGGAACAGGAGGGCAGGACGCGAACAUCUGGGAUACGGUGAGGAGCGUUUUCUGUCCCAUCACAAACAUCUAAAGAGAGAGACCGCUUGGUGGUUCAAGGGUAGGAGUGCCAGCUUGGCCCUGCAACCACGGGUGCCCAGAGCCAUGGGUGCCAUACAGCGUGCAUGGCCCUGGCAACAAAAUUUAUGGGUGCCUGGCCCCUUCAUGGAUAAUUGUGUGGGUGCUCGGGCACCCAGGGAGUUGGCACCUAUGGAUCUGCUAGAUAGCAACCAUGAUCAUGUUGCUCGUUAGUUUCCCAUCCCUGGUCCUGGGCUCCCUCCUUGUCUUCAUGUUCCACAAGGGAAAGGAGAAUUUGACUUAAAAGUCUGAUGAACGUCUGACGUGAUGAAAGCUGGCACACAAAGGCUUUUAAAUAAAAACCAAAUUAAUUUCCACAUGGUGUGGAGGGGGAGAGGGAUGUUGCCUUGCCCUCCGUGCAUCAGGUGAUGUUGGGAACAGGUGAUUUUCUCAUGAAGGGCAGAGCCCAGAGGCAGAUGAUGAAGUUCUUUUCCCACUCCAUGUGUUUCGUCAGCGCUUAGACAAGAAACGGAGAACAGGACUCUGAUUCUAGCUGGGUUUUUGUCAGGCAGCAGAGAGGGGUCGGUGUGCUUUUGUAUGUCUGUCUUUAGGAUUGCCAUCUGACUAGGAAAAAGAAGCUGGUCUGGCCUGCUCCUAUGCCAUUCAAGGCCAGCUGACCUGUAGAAAUCAGCAAGGGAACCUCUUUGCCGUGACAAGCCUCACAGAAUUCCUGCAUUGCAGGGGGCUGGACUGGAUGACCCCUUGGGUCCCUUCCAACCAAUUCUAUGGUUCUGGAAUUGAAGUGUAGGUGGGUCCCACGAGGCAAGACACAGUGAUAACAGCAAGAACCUUUAUUGAACUACAGUGGUACCUCUGGUUAAGAACUUAAUUUGUUCUGGAGGUUCGUUCUUAACCUGAAACUGUUCUUAACCUGAGGUACCACUUUAGCUAAUAGUGCCUCCCGCUGCCGCCACCACACGAUUUCUGUUCUCAUCCUGAAGCAAAGUUCUUAACUCCGGUCCACCUGACAGUGGACCGGCCCUCUGCUGAAAAAGUUUGCUUAUCCCUGGUCGACUCAAGCUCAGGCAAACACAGACCACUGAAUACAUAACACCAAACCUCCAUGGCCUUACGGGAUACAGUGGUACCUCGGGUUAAGUACUUAAUUCGUUCCAGAGGUCUGUUCUUAACCUGAAACUGUUCUUAACCUGAAGCACCACUUUAGCUAAUGGGGCCUCCUGCUGCCGCCACGCCGCCGGAGCCCGAUUUCUGUUCUCAUCCUGAAGCAAAGUUCUUAACCCGAGGUACUAUUUCUGGGUUAGUGGAGUCUGUAACCUGAAGCGUCUGUAACCCGAGGUACCAUUGUACAUAACUGGGGAACAGGGGCAAAGCAACUGCUUAUAUACAUUCCUGAAAGCCUGGGCCACUCCCACUCCCAAUGUGAUUGGCUGUCUAAACGUCCAAGCUGCGAAUCACAACUCAGAGUUCAAGGGGCAAUGGCAGAGGCCCAAAUCCUGAAAUGUUCUGUGAUUAGAUAUCACGUAUCGAAUCAGGAGCUCAGAAUCCUUAGUCCAGACUCAAGCUCAGGAAAACAGACCAUGGAACACAUAACAGGAAUCACCUGGUUCCAAUGGCUACAGAUCAAAUGGAUGCGAAAGGCAUGGUGAUAGGGGCCAUUUAUUAUUAUUAUUAUUAUUAUUAUUAUUAUUAAUACCCUGCCCAUCUGGCUGGGUUUCCCCAGCCACUCUGGGCGGCUUCCAACAGAACACUAAAAUACAACAACCUAUUAAACAUUAAAAGCUUCCCUAAACACGGCUGCCUUCAGAUGUCUUCUAAAAGUUUGGUAGUUGUUUUUCUCCUUGACAUCUGGUGGGAGGGCGUUCCACAGGGAGGGUGCCACCACCGAGAAGGCCCUCUGCCUGGUUCCCUGUAGCUUGGCUUCUCGCAGCGAGGGAACCACCAGAAGGCCCUCAGAGCUGGACCUCAGUGUCCGGGCUGAACGAGGCAUUUGAAGAACUGGCAACCCUAGUGUCCUUGGGAUCUCCUUGUGGCUCACUCAUCUGGGGGGGAUGUCUUUGUUUCCAGGUCUGCCUCAGCCCCAGUGACCUGUUUGAGAUUUACGGGAUCGACGAAAGCGCAGGAAUCUCCAGCCCUGAUUUCAGCCGCGUGAGCCCAGCGCUGGUGCAGCAACAGCUGAGUAAAGCCUGCUCUGCCUCCCGGAACGCCCCUGCCGAUGGGCGACUCACCACUGCGCAGAGUGAGUCCACGCACCCUUAAAAAGGAACUGGUCUUUUAAGCCAGUUAGAAACCAAAUUGCUGAGUCCUGUAGGAACCUGUCCAGUUAAAGGUCUGGGCUUGAGGUCCUAAGGCUGCUUCUGCGUAAAACGCCCAGUAGCUUACUGAGGCAUUCCCAAAGCAAAGGAAGGGUUAGACUCUGAUUAAUAACACACAGAGGCUUGAGCCAGCAAGACUCUGGGAGGAGUGCGUAUAAUAAUAAUUCCUGUCCACCCUCCGGCCCAGGUCGUUUUAUUCACAAAAGAACUUUUAUUCACAAAAGAACACAAAAACAUCAAUAGGAGUAUAGCAUCUAGAUCAAGGGAAGUAAUAGUGCCACUGUAUUCUGCUCUGGUCAGACCUCACCUGGAGUACUGUGUCCAGUUCUGGGCACCACAGUUCAAGAAGGACACUGACAAACUGGAACGUGUCCAGAGGAGGGCAACCAAAAUGGUCAAAGGCCUGGAAACGAUGCGUCAUGAGGAACGGCUAAGGGAGCUGGGCAUGUUUAGCCUGGAGAAGAGGAGGUUAAGGGGUGAUAUGAUAGCCAUGUUCAAAUAUAUAAAAGGAUGUCACAUAGAGGAGGGAGAAAGGUUGUUUUCUGCUGCUCCAGAGAAGCGGACACGGAGCAAUGGAUCCAAACUACAAGAAAGAAGAUUCCACCUAAACAUUAGGAAGAACUUCCUGACAGUAAGAGCUGUUUGACAGUGGAAUUUGCUGCCAAGGAGUGUGGUGGAGUCUCCUUCUUUGGAGGUCUUGAAGCAGAGGCUUGACAACCAUAUGUCAGGAGUGCUCUGAUGGUGUUUCCUGCUUGGCAGGGGGUUGGACUCGAUGGCCCUUGUGGUCUCUUCCAACUCUAUGAUUCUAUGAAAUAGCAAUAAAAAGUUACAUAACUAUGUAGUAGGUGUUUAAGCAGAUAUGCUUAUUGUUUCCCUCAAGUAUAUGUUGGUUCAUGGUUCACAAUGGUUUUGAUAAUAGCAUAAUCUUCCUCUGACAGCGAUGUUGUUAGCCGCUCUGAGCCUGGCUUCGGCUGGGGAGGGCGGGAUAUAAAUAAAUUAUUAUUAUUAUUAUUAUUAUUAUUAUUAUUAUUCAUGGGUUGCAAGAAAUGUCCUGCCAUCUAUCCAUUCAUCCAAGGGGGCAAUAUCUUUAUCCUUCCAAUAUAUUAAUAUCGAUCUUCUUGCAGAUGUAAGGGACCGGAGAAUCCAUUUCUGCUGACCAAUAGUCACACCCCAUAUGUUAGGUAUAUAGUUUAAGACAAUGAUAAUAUUAAAAUAAUAAUAAUAAUAAUAAUAAUUUAUUAUUUAUACCCCACCCAUCUGGCUGGGUUUCCCCAGCCACUCUGGGCGGCUUCCAGCAAAAUAUUAAAAUACAAUAAUUCAUCAAAUAUUAAAAGCUUCCCUAAACAGGGCUGCCUUCAGAUGUCUUCUAAAAGUCUGGUAGUUGUUCUCUUUGAUAUCUGGUGGGAGGGCAUUCCACAGGGCGGGUGCCACCACUGAGAAGGCCCUCUGCCUGGUUCCCUGUAACCUCGCAUCUCGCAGGGAGGGAACCGCCAGAAGGCCCUUGGAGCUGGACCUCAGUGUCCGGGCUGGACGAUGGGGGUGGAGACGCUCCUUCAGGUAUACUGGACCUUUGAGGCUGUUUAGGGCUUUAAAGGUCAGCACCAACACUUUGAAUUGUGCCUGGAAACAUACGAUGUCAUCUUCUGAAAUGUUUAAUUCUUUCCCCGCAACUCCUCAUUGCCCCUCUUCCAGAAUACAUCUACGGCUCGCUGGCGACCCUGCUGAUCUGCCUGUGUGCCCUGUUUGGCAUCGUCGUCCUCCUCUGCACCACCUGCAUCAGCGCCUACCAGUACGUGAUCCAGCUCUUCGUCAGCCUGGCAGUGGGAUCCCUCACUGGAGAUGCCAUGCUGCACCUCAUCCCCACGGUCAGUUCACACGGCGGGUGGGGCUGUUUCUGGUUUAUGCUGAGGCUGUGCUCUCUGGGUGGGUGUGUCUCAAGGUGUGCUUGCAAGAGCAUCCAUUUGCUGGUGUGCGCGGUUGCACACGAUACAACCUUUCCCUUAAAAAAAAAUAUUUAUUAAGUUUCGAUUUUAUUACCUUUAUACUCAUUACGUAUCUGCUCAAUUGAGCUUCAACUUCCAUCCCUCCGGUCUCAUGGUUUCCAUAAUUCAUUAUUACCUCAUAGCAUUUGUACAUUAUCCCAUCUACCGUAUUUUUUGCUCCAUAAGACGCACUUUUUUCCUCCUAAAAAGUAUGGGGAAAUGUCUGUGCGUCUUAUGGAGCAAAUGUGUGGUCAAUCGCUGGCUCCCUUUCCGGCCCCUUGCCCAGGCCUUCAUUUUUGAAUGUUCUGCAGACGGAGGCCGUUUGUUUCCCCAGCGACAUGGGACUGGCUGAUUAGAUUAUCUGUCCAGAAAUUGUAGAAACGGCUCCCUUUCCUUUCCUAUAAAAGCUGCAGAACUGUGAGUUGAACCCCAUAAAAACAGGAUUUUUUCCCUUUGCAAAAGAAGCUGCACAACUUUGAGCUGAUCCUCAAAAAACGGGGCUUUUCCCCUUUGCAAAAGAAGCUGCACAACUGUAGCUGACACCACCCCCCAAAAUGGGGCUUUCCCCCUUUCCUCCUCUAAAAACCAGGUGCGUCUUAUGGUGAGGUGCGUUUUAUGGAGUGAAAAAUAUGGUACUUUUCACUCCUUCCGUUAAUCACAAUUUUUUAAAUAAACAUAAAAAGGUACAAAUCCUUAACAUGGCAAGUUUUCUUACGGCAACCCUGCUAGCGUUGUUAAUUGUUUACAAUUGUUCUUCAGAUAUUGAAAAAUUUACUCGUCUUUUUGGAAAGUUUGAUCACGCUGGUUUCCGAUUUUCCUGGUCAGCCUCGCAGAUUCUGCAUAGUCCAUCAUCUUCGUCUGCCACUCAUCUAACGAUGGAAUUUCCCAUUGGUUCCAUUUUGGGGCUAAAAGAGUUCUAUCUGCUGUUGUCGCAUAGAUAAACAGUUUUGUAUGUGUCUUCAGGAUCUCAUUCCCUACUAUACCUAACAGAAAUGCCUCUGGUUUUUCCACAAAUGUACUUUUAAACAUUUACUUUGACUCACUAUAUAUCAUUUGCCAGUGAGCUUUUACCUUACUACAAGUCCACCACGUGUGAUUAAAAAAUUCCCUCCUUUCGCAAUUCUACCUUUCCCAAUCUGGUGCCCUCCACCUGGUGCUAUACUACAACUCCCAUCAGCCAGCAUGGCAGCUCUCCUGACAGCAUCGCAUGGCCACAGUGGGUGCUGGUGUGGAUGGGAGUUGUAGUCCGGCAUGUUUCGAAGGCAGGGAUGUGUGGUUUUCAGAAGCUUCUGUCCUGCGCCCCAAAUCAAGCUGUGCCUCUGCUCUCCUGCCUGCAGUUCCUGGGUCUCCAUUCUCACUCCCAUGGCGAGGGCCACUCCCACGACCCCCAUGGAGCCGAGGGCCACAACGUCCUGUGGAAGCUACUGGCCGUGCUGGGAGGCCUCUACCUCUUCUUCCUCCUCGAAAAGUUCUUCAUCCUCCUGGGGCACUCGGACGACGACGAGGUGCGUUGGUCGUUUAUCGGUUGCUAGCUGCUGGCAGCGGUGGGGAGGAGGAACGGAAAGGGGCAGGGGCACAUUUUGGCAAUCACAGGGAAUAUGGCACCCUGAGCGAGGCCAAAAUCUGGCGCCCACAAAUGGAUUGUCUCAAUUAUGGAUCUUCUCAGUUUGGCACCCCUUCUGCUCAGCACCGCCCACAGUGCCCUUAAUCAUGGGUAGGCAAACCAAGGCCUGGGGGCCGGAUGCGGCCCAUUCGCCAUCUCAAUCUGGUCAACGGAUGGGCCAGGAAUCAGUAUCUUUUUACAUGAGUAGAAUGUGUGCUUUUAUUUAAAAUGCACCUCUGGGUUAUUGGUGGGGCAUAGGAAUUCGUUCAUAUUUUUUUUCCAAAAUAUAGUCCCCCCCCCCCAAGGUCUGAGGGACAGUGCUAGCUCUUUUCCUGCUGAAAAAGUUUGCUGACCCCUGAAUCCAGGGCCGAAAGUAGCUUGUAACACAUCCUUUCUCCGUAACCUGACGCAGAAGUGUGGAGUCUCUGGCUUGCAGGCCCAUCUGUAGAGGCAUUUUUGGGGUAGCGCAACUGGUGCGGCCGCACUGUGCGCCUUGCUGCAGGGGGCACCAGAACAUUGCUGUAGAACAGAGUGCAAGAGGUUGGGGGGAGGGAUUUUAGCGUCGCACAGGGUGCUGCUGAAAUUUGAGAGCCCAGGGUCCGCCACUGCAAUAUUGACCCAAUGUGGCCAGCAAUAAUUUCUCACCUCUCCGUCAGCUGUCAUCACCCUAAUGGUCGGGUGAUGUUAGCUGAUGAUAGGGGUUCAAUCCUGUGGGGAACUGGAGUGCCUACUUGAUCCCUGCAGAAAGCAGGAUUUAACCUCCUGCUCAUCGGCUGAUGAGCAGGGAUUGAACUCCUUUUUUAAAAAAAUCAUUUUUAUUUUCCAUUUUGACAAUCCAAUCAAAUCACAUUAAAUAUUCCAGAUUAUACAUAUACAUAUCAAAUAAUCGAAAUAUUCUGCCAAAUUGUAAAUUAGCAGGGAUUGAACUCUUGCUGGGUUGCCUAGCAACUGCACGGGUCCAAUUGGAUGCUAGGUUCCCUUGUAUCUCUCGCCUCCAGGAGCACAGCACAGGGCACCAGUGCGACCACGGCAUGUCCCUGCAGCUCUACCAAGACGAGAUGAAGAGGAGGAAGCAGGAGAAAGGUGCUUCUCAUGCUGACCUGGUGAGUGGCCUGCCCUGCGUGCCUCCACCUGGGACUGGCAUCCUGGCUGCUGAGAUGCCCUCAGUCUCUCUGGGUUGUUUUAUGCAUUUCUGGGAUGAGUCAGAGGCUAAGCAAAGAUUACUCAAGGUCCUGGAAAAGAACCCCAAGCAAAAUAAGAGUUGGCAUGGCAGCUGUUAUGUACUGAGUUGAAUAGGAUCCAAAAUGCAGGAGUCUGAUUGGUCCUAGAACAGUAGGAUCCAGAAUGCAGCAGUCUGAUUGGUCCUAGAACAAUAGGAUCCAGAAUGCAGCAGUCUGAUUGGUCCUAGAACAAUAGGAUCCAGAAUGCAGCAGUCUGAUUGGUCCUAGAACAAUAGGAUCCAGAAUGCAGCAGUCUGAUUGGUCCUAGAACAAUAGGAUUCAGAAUGCAGCAGUCUGAUUGGUCCUAGAACAAUAGGAUCCAGUAUGCAGCAGUCUGGUUGGUCCCCAGGAGCCACCCAAUCCAUUUCCAGGUGGAAGUGAAUCCGCAACCUGGUUGGCCUACAGGAGAAUCCCAGAAUCACGUGGGGCCCAUUGUGUAAAUAAUGUAUAUAAAGCAGACAUUUUGGGGGAACUUCCAUCCCUCACUAUUCUGAGCUGAAUAAAGAGCAUGAAAUCCACACUUGACUCCGAGUAUAUUCCAAGCAAAAGUAAGAGUCAGCAUGGCAGCUUUGGCCAAGUUGAUGCCCUCCAGAUGUUUGGGCAGGGGCUGAUGGGAGAGGUUGUGCAAAACAUCUGGAAGGUGCCAGCUUGCCCGACACUGCACUGUUGUAUAGAUGAAGGCUGUUCCUUUAGCCCAGGAGACAAGUCCUCAUGGAUACUUAGAAACUUAAGAGUUAGAAGGGACCCUUAGGGUCCUCUAGUUCAACCCCCUGCGAAACCUUAAUCUCAGCUAAAGCAUCCCUGACCAAUGGUCACCAAACCUCUUCUUAGAAACUUCCAAGGAAGGAGAGCCCAACUUCCAAAAGAGUCUGUUCCCCUGUCAAACAGCUCUUCCCAUCAGAAAGUUCUUCCUGAUGAAGUUGGCAUCUCCUGUCCUGCAACUUGAAGCCGCUGGUUGGAGUCCUAGCCUCUAGAGGUCCCUAAAUGGCAACACCCUAGAGGUCCCGGGCCCUAAGGAAGUCAGAUUAGCCUCAACCAGAGCCAGGGCCUUUUCAACACUGGCCCCAACCUGGUGGAACGCUCUGUCUCAUGAGACCAGGGCUCUGUGGGAUCUGAUUUCUUUCCGCAGAGCCUGUAAGACAGAGUUGUUCUACCUGGCCUUUGGCUUGGAAUCAACUUGAUCCCCUUCCCCUCUUUCCUCUUUCCUCUUUCCUUUUUCCUUUCUCCUUCUGUGAUGGAACUCCUAUUUGGGGACUUCCCUGGCUUUUUUCUGGCCCACGUAGGACCAGUCUGGAUAGCUGGCCUUGGUGAAGAUUUGACGUUUUCAUCCCCAAAAAGGGGUGUAGCUCAAGACCACCACCCGCAGAGACAUCAUACCUACAUCACGGAAGGGCAGUCUACAGCAGAAAUCUGAGUGUGUUGUUUAUCUUCUGUCUGGCAGGUUACCUAUUAAUGCUUACUUGAUUGGAUACCCUGGGGAGCCUGGCCAGUCCUUUGUAAUGAUAAAUACUUAGUUCCUGAGCCAGGUCACAGGCUCACCCUGUUCAAACACAGGCAUACCCUUAAGACAGGAUUUGUGAAGGAAAAGACAAUGGGGAUGCUUUUCCGUUUUCCUUUGACUUUUCAGAGAAAACAUUUGGUCAGUUUGGGACAGUUUGGGAAUCAAAAAAUUUUCCAGGUCGGUCUUCCUGUGCUGAUCUAUGUACGUGCUUGGUCAGUACACUUAUGAACAUUGAACAUAUAUCUAAGACCUCAAAAUUCCUAUCACACCACCCUUUUCCUUUUUUGCUGCUGCAUCACACUGUUGACUCACGUUAAGUCUUGAUGAGCCAGUGAACUCUGAGAUACCCAGAGAUGGGCAGAGAGCUGCUUCCACCUGUAGCCCGGCAUUCCAAGAGCUGUGAGUGAUCUCCGGCAAAAAGCAAAAAAUAAAUUUCUGCCUUCUUCUUUCGCCCAAUUCUGUGCCAUGCCUUUAUCCAGAACCCAAGCAUGAUUCACCAGCCCCACCUAAUGGUGGAAGGUGGAAUAAAGAUGUGCGGGAAGAAAAAUGUCGCUAUGUGAAAAAUGCCUCGCACUGCGCCAGACUAUUGAUGCAUCGAGCCCAUUAUUGUCUUCUCGGACUGGCAGCAGCUCUCCCAGGUUUUCUGGCAGGGAAGGGUAUUUUCCCUAUCGCCCGCCACCUGAGAUCCUUCUUAACUGGAGAGGUCAGGGAUUGAACCAGGGACGUUCAGCAUGCAAGGCAGGAGCCUAUUCCACUGCUCCACGCUGCCUCCCUGUUGGGUUAAGCUCCUGCUGCUUAAUUCCCACAUUCAUAUUUUUUUUUAAAGUGGGAGGAAUCAGCAGUCUGAGUCAGUGGGGCAUGCAAACACACCCCUCGAAGAUUUGUAAUUGAAAUGAAGUAUAAAAAACAUCGAUGCUCAAGACAUUGAUUUUAUAAAACAUAUUUUGCUGCACUGUGCGAAAUACGAGCAAGCCAGGGCUGAACUGAUAUUACCUUUCCCGGGAAAAUCAGAGGCUCACUAUGUCAGGUUCCUAUUGGAAGUCCAGACAAACGCUAGAACAUUAGCAGUGGCGAAGUUUUUAUCGGUGGUUGCAAGAACCAAUGAUCCCUAUCUUUAAAUCUGAACAAAAUGCUUGUUUAACCUGGAGGUAGGCUGUCUGAAUUGUGCAUUGCUUUGUAACGAUUUGUUGGGUCUCUGGACUGUGAUAAAGAUUGAUUGAAAAAACAAGCAACAGUGACCCAAAGUCUAAAGCAAAAAUGGGUAGUGGUCACUUCACAACUCUUUGGCCUCUAAAAUCAACUUGAAUGCUCUGUUGUUCUGUUUCCAAAACAGGAGAGAAGUCUGGCCCCCCCAAAAGUUUGCUUCUUUAAUGUAUGUUUUAAAAAAACCCGGGGGGAAACCACACCAACCUUUUCAAAACGUUAUGAUUUAUUUGGGGAGUUGAGGACAUGGAACUGUAUUGUUGUUUAGUCGUUUAGUCGUGUCCGCCUCUUCGUGACCCCCUGGACCAGAGUACGCCAGGCCCUCCUGUCUUCCACUGCCUCCCGCAGUUUGGUCAGACUCAUGUUCGUAGCUUCGAGGACACUGUCCCACCAUCUCAUCCCAACAUCAGGAUCUUUUCCAGGGAGUCUUCUCAUGAGGUGGCCAAAGUCUUGGAGCCUCAGCUUCAGGAUCUGUCCUUCCAGUGAGCACUCAGGGCUGAUUUCCUUCAGAAUGAAGAGAUUAGAUCUUCUUGCAGUCCAUGGGACUCUCCUCCAGCACCACAAUUCAAAAGCAUCCAUUCUUCGGCGAUCAGCCUUCUUUAUGGUCCAGCUCUCACUUCCAUACAUCACUACUGGGAAAACCAUGGCUUGAACUAUACGGACCUUUGUUGCCAACAAAGGCCAACAAAGGAACUGUGUUACUCACCUUUUAAUUUAAUUUAAAUUUAUUAUCACAGAAGGGAUCCCAAGGCAAAGCUAGUCCAGCCCCCUCUGAUGCAGAAUUUCUCACAUUCAUAUUCCACCUGUCCACCCAAGGAGCUCAAAAUGUUGUACAUGUUUUCUCCCCUCCCCAUUUUUCCCCUCACAACAACUCUGUGAGGUAAGUUGGGAUGAGGGACAGCAACUGGCUGAGUGGGGCUUUGAACCCUGGUCUCCCAGGUCUUAGCCCUAAUGUUUAUUGGAUGGAUUUUCUCCCUAAAUUGAUUUUGAUUCUUAAUUUUAUUGUUAUUUGCACUUAAUACCGUAUUUUAUGCUGGGUUUUUUGUAGCAUCAAUUAAGUGUUUUAAAUUUGUUGUUAGCCGCCCUGAGCCUGGUUUCCUGAACCAGGAAGGGCGGGGUAUAAAUAAAAAAUUUAUUAUUAUUUAUUAUUAUUAGUCCAACACUCUAACCAUUAUACCACAAGCCUCUUCUGUUUUGAGGGAAGCAUCCUCAAUGGAGCCAUAGGCGUCCUGUCUGAGGAAAACCUGCACUGCCCAUAGAUACAAAACGCUCUGCUCUGAAGGCUGGAGAUACACAAUAUUCUGCUUAUUAUUUUGAAACCUGGCUGUGCAGAAAUGCCUCUUAUCUGGUGACUGGCAGCCAUUGGUAGGGCAGGCAGCAGGGAGCCCAACAGCAGGGGGCGCCCAUCGGUUCUGAGCUUCAUCCCCAAACUCCUUGCUGAGUUCCGAGGGGGAGCAAGAUUGUCUAGAUCACGCUUUGGUUCCUGCACUGCAAGGGGUUGGACUAGAUGACCAUUGGGAUCCAAUUCUAUGAUUCAUUGCAGGUGUUUAAGCAGAGGUUGGAUGGCCAUCUAUCAGAGAAUAUUUAGCUGAGAUUCCUGCAUUGCAGGGGGCUGGACUCAAUGGCCCUUGGGGUCCCUUCCAGCUUUGCAGUUCUACGAUUCUAUGAAUUGCCCAGCGCUUUCGUAUGUAGGUGACUCUUUAAAUUUAAUUAACGCUACUACAGUCGUACCUCGUGUUGCGUUUGGUUCAGAUUGAGCCUUUUCAGGUUGUGUCCCGCAGCAACCUGAAAGUACCUGAAAGGGUUACUUCCGGGUUUCACCGCUCGCGCAUGUGCAGACGCUCAAAAUGACCGCAUGCGCAGAAGCGGCGAAUCGUGACCCGCACAUGCGUAGACACGGGUUGCGUUCUGCUCAGGUUGCGAACGGGGCUCCGGAACAGAUCCCAUUCGCAACCAGAGGUACCACUGUACUAAUAAAAUGGAGGGCUCAGAAAAUGAACAGGAGGCAGGGAUUGAGCCUCAGAAAAGCAGGGCCUUUUUCGCGUGGCCCCAAAUUGGGACGCAGGCUGCACCUGUCUCCCAUUCCCUUUUUCUACCUGCCUGUUCUUUCUUAAUAGGUGACUGCUGAGGAGGCAGAUUUCAGCCAGAUGCGGAAGAAAGAGACCCCCAGUCGAGGUGAGCACCAGCAAUGUCUUGUCCAGCAACCAGAUGCGAUUCUCCUUGACAUGUCCAGCAUUUAUUCUUAUUCUUAUUUAUUAAAUUUGUAUAGCGCCCUUUACCUGUAAAUCUCAGGACGGCUCACAACAUAACAUCAAGAAGCUGCUUUGAUUAAACAAUUGUGAUUUCUAACAUUUCCAUACACCAGGGUAGGUUAUAACAACCAGAAAUACAAUUAUAAAAACAGGAAACCGUGGUAAUAAUGAAACUAAAGACCAGCUCAGAGCAAAACCAUGAUCAAAAUCGUUCACUUGUUUGUUUUUUUAAAUCGCUUUUAUUAAGUUUUCCAUUUUAACAAUCCAAUCAAAUCACAUUAAAUAUUCCAAAUUAUACAUAUACAUAUCAAAUAGUCCAAAUAUUCUGACAAAUUAUAAUUUUGUUGUUGUUGGGACUUUCCAUGCUUCAAGUUCGGAUGAGGCUCUGAUCAUCUCAUAUCUCUUCUGCUUUUGAUAGUCAUUUCUAAUAGUUCCUUUAAAUCUUCCUGUUAUUUUCACAAUCGUUCACUUGUAUGUUGCCUUUCCAUAGUUAAAACCACACCCAAGGCAGCUUACAGACUCAGAAAUAUUUGCGCAAAUACAAAACUGUAACCAAAGCAGUCCUAAGCGAUGUGUCAGAGUGGGCACGACGAAAUCAAACAAUCCCCGCAUGUCAUAAGAAGAUCUAAAAAUCAAGGCACAGGGAACUGAUACCAAGAGCAGCAAAACGAACAUCCUGACCCCCAACGUAAACCCUAAAAGGAUACCCCACAGAGUCUGUAGGGUUUAUAUGAGUUUUCCCUCAGUGAGAUCUCUUGGGGUUUGUAUCCUGCAUUUUUGAUGAAGCUGGUCUCGAGGGCUGGAAACGCCACCACUCUGCAACGCAAGCAAAUCUCCGUUGCGUCCUAAAUCAGUCUCCCCCAACCUGGUGCCUUCCAGAUGUUUUGGACUACAACUCCUGUCAGCUGGUGAUGCCGUCCAAAACAUCUGGAGGAUACCAGGCUGAGGAAGGCUGUCCUAGAUAUAUUAUUAUUAUUAUUAUUAUUAUUAUUAUACCCCGCCCAUCUGGCUGAGUUUCCCCAGCCUCUUUGGGCGGCUCCCAAUCGAGUGUUAAAAACAAUACAUAGAUUUGUCAGCCACUUUCUGAUGGGGCCCAAAUCGUAUGUCCAAACCUGGGACCCCGCUUCCCAGACACACCUUUGGUUCAACCUCGAGCCAAGAAGCUGUCUGAAUUGGCGCUCAAAACCUGCCCAGCUUCCCACCUUGAUUUAACCCUCCUCCUAAUUUCCGAUAUCCGAGGUUUCCUGUCCGCAAAUUCCCUCCUUUCGGAGGUGAAAAAAGAAUUCUCUUAAAACAAAAGAAGCUGGCCGACCCAGGUGGGACUUGAACCCACAAUCCCCAGCUCCGGAGGCUGAUGCCUUAUCCAUUAGGCCACUGGGCCACUCCUGCCACAGUUCCCUCUCGUUUUCAGAACAAACGGCGCAUUGUGUUACGGACUGAAUCCCCCAGCAUGAAGGGAGGGCGGCUUGGGAAGGGUCAUUGACAGCUCAAGUAGAAUUGCAGUGCCUGCUUCCCAGAGGCCGCCUCUGGCACAUGUCGCCUCCAGCAGGGCGCAGGGCCUGAAGGCUGCCAGCUGGGAAGGAAAAAUGCAAAGGGUUUCAGGGCUUGUGUUUCGCACACACUGCUCUUUGUGCGUCCUGGAAGGGGUGAGGACACAUGAAAGGAAGCCUUUAUUUCCGCGUAGCUGAGCUAUGGAACCCGCAGGAGGCAGGGAGGGCCACCGACGUGGACGGCUCCAGAAGGGAAUUAUUAUAAUAAUAUUUUUUUUAUUUAUACCCCGCCCUUCCCGUUUCAAAAACCGGGCUCAGGGCGGCUAACAACAAAUUUAAAACACUUAAUUGUAAAAGCAGCAUAAAAUACAGUAUAAAAACAUGAAUAACAAUGAAAUUCAAAGUUCAGAAAUCAAUUUAAGGGAAAUAAGCAUUAGAUGAUUCCCCAGGGCUAGCUGGCUGAAUUAGGCAAAUGCGUGGAGCAUAAUGCUUUUGAUGGAGCAUAGUGCUUCCGUUUGUCAGAGUAACACUUCUGAAUCCCAGUUGCUGGAAACCACAGGAAGGCUCUUGUGCAUGAAUCCUGCUUGCACGUUCCCCAGAUGGGGCAUCUGUAUGGCCACUGUCAUAACAGGUCUGUUAUGGAGGUCUGUUGUCAUAGCAAAACCUCCAUGUCCAGGGGCAGUCUAUCUCUGAGUGCCAGAUAACAGAGAACACCCAUUGGAAAAUACAGUGGUACCUCGGGUUAAGAACUUAAUUCGUACCGGAGGUCCGUUCUUAACCUGAAACUGUUCUUAACCUGAAGCACCACUUUAGCUAAUGGGGCCUCCUGCUGCUGCCGUGCUGCCGGAGCCCAAUUUCUGUUCUCAUCCUGAAGCAAAGUUCUUAACCUGAAGCACUAUUUCUGGGUUAGCGGAGUGUGUAACCUGAAGCGUAUGUAACCUGAAGCAUAUGUAACCCGAGGUACCACUGUACUGUUGUUCUCAGGUCCUGCUAUGGGGUCAGGUUUCUGGACUAGGUGAGCCAUUGACCUGAGCUGGCAACAAGGCUCUUACGUUCUUGUAGAACCUCCAGGUGCAGAGGCAGUCUUAUCUAGAUUCGUAGGUCCCUUUGGCCACUGGGAGGACAGGAUGCUGGACUUAGAUGGGUCCACUGGCCUGAUCCAAGAAGCUCUUCUAUGUCCCAGUAUACCUGAAGGAGCGUCUCCACCCCAUCGUUCUGCCCAGACACUGAGGUCCAGCGCCGAGGGCCUUCUGGCGGUUCCCUCUCUGCGAGGAGCAAAGCUACAGGGAACCAGGCAGAGGGCCUUCUUGGUGGUGGCGCCCGCCCUGUGGAACGCCUUCCCAGCAGAUGUCAAGGAAAUAAACAACUACCUGACAUUUAGACGACAUCUGAAGGCAGCCCUGUUCAGGGAAGUUUUUAAUGUGUGACAUUUUAAUGUAUUUUUAAUCUUUGUUGGAAGCCGCCCAGAGUGGCUGGGGUGGCCCAGCCAGAUACAGUGGUACCUCGGGUUACGUACACUUCAGGUUACAUACGCUUCAGGUUACAGACUCCGCUAACCCAGAAAUAGUGCUUCAGGUUAAGAACUUUGCUUCAGGAUGAGAACAGAAAUCGUGCUGCGGUGGUGCGGCGGCAGCAGCAGGCCCCAUUAGCUAAAGUGGUGCUUCAGGUUAAGAACGGUUUCAGGUUAAGUACGGACCUCCAGAACGAAUUAAGUACUUAACCCGAGGUACCACUGUACAAAUAAUAAAUUAUUAUUAUUAUUAUUAUUAUUAUUAUUAUUAUUAUUAUCAUUAUUAUGAGGUUCUGAUGUCUCCCAUUUGCUCCUUCCGCAGAGCUGAGGAUGUUGCCGUACAUGAUCACCAUUGGAGACGCCAUCCACAACUUUGCCGACGGACUGGCCGUUGGCGCCGCCUUCUCCUCUUCUUGGAAGACGGGUCUGGCCACCUCGCUGGCCGUCUUGUGCCACGAACUGCCCCACGAGCUCGGUGCGGAGGGGCUGGUCAUUGCAUGGCACUGAAGGCAGGGUUGGGGUUUAUUUAAUUUUGUGCGCUGGAGGAAGCCGGCGGGCAGACGAAAAGGAAGUCCUUCUUCACACAGCACAUCGUUAAACUGUGGAACUCCCCGCCACAGGAGGCGGGGAUGGCCGCCAACUUGGAUGAAUUUAAAAGAGGAUUAGGCAAAUUCGUGGAGCAGAGGGGUAUCAGUGGCUACUAGGCAUGACGGCUGUGGUCUCCGUCCGCACUUGGGGGCGGAUAUCCUUCUGAAUCCCAGUUGCUGGAAACCGCAGGAAGGCAGAGGGCUCUUGUGUUCGAAUCCUGCUUGCUGGUUUCCCGUUGGGUCACAUAGCUGUCAACUUUUCCCUUUUCUUGCGAGGAAUCCUAUUCGGAAUAAGGGAAUUUCCCUUUUAAAAAAGGGAAACGUUGACAGCUAUGUUGGGGCAUCUGGUUGGCCAUUGUGAGUUUAGGGUACACAGUCUUUCCCAUCCUGGCGCCCUCCAUAUAUGUUGUACUAUAACUCCCAUGGUUAUAGCAGUCACGAAAUGGUGACGAACUGGUGAUGGUGACAGCAGUCACGAAAUUAAAAGACGCCUGCUCCUUGGGAGAAAGGCGAUGGCAAACCUAGACAGCAUCUUAAAAAGCAGAGACAUCACCUUGCCAACAAAGGUCCGUAUAGUCAAAGGUAUGUUUUUCCCAGUAGUCAUGUAUGGAAGUAAGAGCUGGACCAUAAAGAAGGCUGAUCGCCGAAGAAUGGAUGCUUUUGAAUUACGGUGCUGGAGGAGACUCUUGAGAGUCCCAUGGACUGCAAGAAGAUCAAACCGAUCUAUUCUGAAGGAAAUCAGCCCUGAGUGCUCACUGGAAGGACAGAUCCUGAAGCUGAGACUCCAAGACUUUGGCCGCCUCAUGAGAAGAGAAGACUCCCUGGAAAAGACCCUGAUGUUGGGAGAGAUGGAGGGCACAAGGAGAAGGGGACGACAGAGGACGAGAUGGUGGGACAGUGUUCUUGAAGCCACAAACAUGAGUCUGACCAAACUGCGGGAGGCAGUGGAAGACAGGAGGGCCUGGCGUGCUCUGGUCCAGGGGGUCACGAAGAGUCGGACACGACUAAACGACUAAACAACAAUAACUCCCAUCACCCUUAGUGCCUUUGGCUAUGCCGGCCUGUGGAUCAUGGGAACUGCAACAUCUGAGGGGCGCCAGGAUGGGGAAGGCUGAGUCGGGAUAUGCCGCAUGGUGGCAAAACAACGCGGCAAUUUUGCUCUUCCGUUCAACGGGGCAGGCGCUCAGAGUGAGCUGCUGCCAGCUCCUGAUAAAUAAGUUGGAGUUCUUGUUAUUAAAUAUACCAAGAAAAAAGCACACCAAGAACUCUGGCCAAUAGAAAUUUCAGUAGUGGGAGUGGUCCCUACUCGCAAAUCAAUAGUCAAUUGUAACAAAAACUAAUCCAUUCAAAACUAUGCAUUCUGACAAGGAUUACAAACUCAAAUGGAGAUUACAAACUCAAGCUCAUAAGGAUAUGUAUAACACAAUAAUUCGUUACAGAAUUAGAGGUAAGAGUUUAUGAGUAGAGAUAAGUUCAUGUUAGUCCGUAGUCAGAUUCGACGUGAAGGUCUUAGUUUCAAUCAUUGAGGAGAAGUCAGAAAUCAGUUGUGGAUCAGAAACCAGGACAGGACCCUGUUUCGAUGUAUUCACCUUCAUCAGCUGGAAGUAUCAAACAUUACACGAAAAUAUAUUUAAAUUCAAAAUUAUCAUAAAUAAUAAAACAAUUAUAAAUUAUUGUGUUAUACAUAUCCUUAUGAGCUUGAGUUUCUAAUCUGUGUUUGAGUUUAUAAUCUCUAUUUGAGUUUGUAAUCCUUGUCAGAAUACAUACUUCUGAAUGGAUUAGCUUUUGUUACAAUUGACUAUUGGUUUGCUAGUAGGGACCACUCCCACUGCUGAAAUUUAUAUUGGCCAGAGUUCUUGGUGUGCUUUUUUCUUCGCAAGCUCCUGAUAAGGCAGUGUUGCCUAGGAGGUAGAUCCUGGGCAGCUUCUGAGCAGGGAUCUGAAGGCAGGUGCUUCCCCUCCACCCCCAAAUGAUAUCGACGGGGUGUCUCCUUCGGGCUGCGUGAUACCUGGCCAACUGCCACCGCUCCUAGUAGAAUAAUGGAAUUAUAGACGUAGAGGGGAACCCCGACAUCAUCUAGUCCAGCCUCCUGCAAUGCAGGAAUCUCAGCUAAUGAAUGGCUGACCAUCUUCCUCCCGCCUUUGCAGGGGACUUUGCCGCACUGCUCCACGCCGGGCUGAGCGUCAAGUGGGCUUUGCUGCUCAACUUCCUCAGCGCCCUCACAGCCUUCGUAGGCCUCUACAUCGCACUUUCUGUGUCCACGGGAGAAGAGUUCGAGGCCUGGAUUUUCACCGUGGCCACUGGCCUCUUCCUCUACGUGGCCCUGUGCGAUAUGGUAAGUAGGGAGAGGUAUACCCCUGGCAGUUGUUCUCCUUUUCUUACCAUUCUCCCACCUUAUUAUUAUUAUACCACAGAGCCUAGGACUUGCCAAUCAGAAGGUCGGCGGUUCGAAUCCCCGCAACGGGGUGAGCUCCCGUUGCUCGGUCCCUGCUCCUGCCCACCUAGCAGUUCAAAAGCACGUCAAGUGCAAGUAGAUACAGUGGUACCUCUGGAUGCGAACGGGAUCUGUUCUGGAGCCCCGUUUGCAUCCUGAAGCGAACUCAACCCACGUCCGCGCGUCUGCGGGUCGCGAUUCACCACUUCUGCGCAUGACAUCAUUUUGAGCGCCUGCGCAUGCGUGAGUGGUGAAACCCGGAAGUAACCUGCUCCGUUACUUCCGGGUCGCUGCGGAGCACAACCCAAAAAGGCUUAACCUGAAGCGACUUCAACCCGAGGUAUGAUUGUAAAUAGGUACUGCUCUGGCGGGAAGGUAAACGGCGUUUCCGUGCGCUGCUCUGGUUCGCCAGAAGCAGCUUGGUCAUGCUGGCCACAUGACCCGGAAGCUGUACGCCGGCUCCCUCGGACAGUAAAGCGAGAUGAGCGCCGCAACCCCAGAAUCGGCCACUACUGGACCUAAUGGUCAGGGGUCCCUUUACCUUUACUAGUUUAGGGAAAACAUGUGUAAGUGGGGAAAUGAGAGAAGCAUGUAAAAUUACAAAUGGUGUCAUAUGAGUCAACUCCAGGAGGCCAUGGGUGCUUGGGCACCCACAAGAAUAUAAUUUUGGGGUCUGGGUACCCACAUAGUCAAGGUCACCAAGUCAGCCAGCAGCAGUGCUGUCUCUGAGAGAGAAGCGGUCCAGCUCCACCUUCCACAGCCAGUAGUAAUAGUAAUAGUAAUAGUAAUAGUAAUAGUAAUAGUAAUAGUAAUAGUAAUUUAUUAUUUGUAGCCUGCCCAUCUGGCUGGGCUUCCCCAGCCACUCUGGGCGGCUUCCAACAGAACACUAAAAUACAAUAACCUAUUAAACAUUAAAAGCUUCCCUGAACAGGGCUGCCUUCAGAUGUCUUCUAAAUGCCAGGUAGUUGUUUAUCUCUUUGACAUCUGGUGGGAGGGCGUUCCACAGGGCGGGUGCCACCACCAAGAAGGCCCUCUGCCUGGUUCCCUGUAGCUUUGCUUCUCGCAGGGAGGGAACCGCCAGAAGGUUCUUGGUGUUGGACCUCAGUGUCCUGGCAGGACGAUGGGGGUGGAGACGCUCCUUCAGGUAUACUGGCCAGCCAGCGAGGCACCCUUUUCUGGGGCGGGGGGAGGCUCAGACACAGAAGCAGGGUCUCUCUGCCUCCGAGUCCCAGCCCUUCCACUGGCUGUGUAGAGGAAGAAGAAGAGGAGCCGCUGCCAUCAACUGCCGCAAUGCAGACGUGCGCCAUUACGCACACAUGCCUGCAUGUAGCGUGUGUGCCGUCACACAUCCCGUUGUGACGGCGGGCACCCAUGAUCCUGAGGGCGAGUCGGCACCCCUGAAAGGUCUGGGGAAAGUGGGUGCUAGAACUCUAUACAAUGAAGCUGUAUCGUCCCAAAAAAGUUUUUGAUUUGAGUUUCUACUGAAAUGAGGCUGCAUUUUAAUGUUGUACUUUAAUCUUGUUUUAAAGUUGUAUUUUAAUCAAUUGUUUUUAUACCUGGUGUUAGCCGCCCUGAGCCCAGUCUUGGCUAGGGAGGGCAGGGUAUAAAUAAAAUUUAUUAUUAUUAUUAUUAUUAAUAAUAAUAUAUGUAGAUUCUGGACCAAAGAAAAAGGCAUGGCUAAACUCUGUAGUUUGCUCAGACCAGAUGUCUCCGAAUAUACCAGUAGCUGGGGGUCGGAAGUGGGGCAAGAGUGGCACAGGCCUCGCCUCUGGGCAUCCCAUAGUCAUCUGCAAGGAGGACAGGAUGCUGGACUCAAUAGGCCCUGUUGGCCUGAUCCUGCCAUCUGCCUCUUCUUACGCUUGAUUAUUUAUUGGUUGCAACAACAACAACAAUUUAUUACUUAUACCCCGCCCAUCUGGCUGGGCCUCCCCAGCCACUCUGGGCAGCUUCCAGCAGGGCAUUAAAAACACAAUAAAACAUCACACAUUAAAAACUUCCCUAAACAGGGCUGCCUUCAGAUGUCUUCUAAAAGUCAGAUAGUUGUUUAUUUCCUUGACAUCUGAUGGGAGGGCGUUCCACAGGGCGGGUGCCACCACCGAGAAGGCCCUCUGCCUGGUUUAUAUCUCACCUUCUCUUCCAAGGAGUGCACAGUAUCGUACAUGGUUCUCCCUCCCAUCUUAAUUAAUCCCCACAGCAACAGCCCUGUGAAGGAGAGGCAAUGGCUGGCCCAGGGAGCUUUGUGAUGGCCGAGCGUGGAUUCGAACCUUGGUCUCCUGGGUCCUAGUAUGAUGCCCUAACCGCUGCACCACACUGUCUCUGAUGUACACCAACAAUAGAUGGCAGGCAUGAAUGAGUUCUGCGGGCAAUUCCUGAGGAGCAGGACAAGGAAGGGGUGGGUUAAAGAAUUAGACGGAAAUCGGGGGCACAAGGAGACUGGGCUUGUGGGACCCAUUCUGUGGUGCUCGCUAAUCUUCCCUCUCUGCUCUGGUUUGCAGCUCCCGGCCCUGAUGAACGUGAAAGAUAAGCGUCCAUGGCUCCUCUUUGCCCUGCAAAACGUGGGACUCUUGGCUGGCUGGGGCAUCCUGCUGGUGCUUUCCAUCUUUGAGGACAGAAUCACACUUUGAGCGCAGCCGGGCAACUCUCGCUUGCCUGCAGGUGUGGCGAGGUCCGGGCUGUCCUUCGCCAGAGACUAGAGAGUGGGCAGACAAAGGCCCGGCUGUCAUAAUCCUCAAAAUCAAAGACUGGGGACUUUCUUUGCCACCCAUGCCCACAGCAUGGCCUUGAACGAUGCCCAUGCAACAGCUCCCCUCUCCCUCUUCUCUUAUUUAUUGCAUUUCGACAUGCCACCCCAAUCUCCAAACGGUGCGCGUUUCAGGGGUUGCAGGCGUGCUUGACCCAGGGUCUGGUCUUCAUUUGGAAAUUGGGCACAGCAGAGACUGUGGCGUCUCUACGAUAUAUGGUUUAUUUACCUGUCUACACAACCUGAGUCUAGAUGGUGGGCCGAUAGCGGAAUUCCAGCUAGGCUUGGUGCCCAUCUACAAUCUUUACUUGAAACACAAUGCCCCCCAAAGCUGGGCAAGGGGAUGGUCGUUGGGCCAGUGAAGGGGCCCCUCUGAGUCUCUGGGGCCAGUGCCCAACUUUGCUGACAGCUGGUGUGAAUAAUAAGGGACAAAUUCAGAAGCUAAAAGCUAGUCCUAGCUAGUUCAGGGGUGAGAGACCAGGGGUUCGUCCCUGGCGUGUCCUGUUAAAAGCAUCUUAGCUGGCGAGGCCACAAAAGGAAGAUGCUUCUCUGCUUGGGACCCUGGAAAGACUAGCAUGACUUAUAUUAAGACAGCCCUCUGGGCAGGACACAACCUGGCUGGGCCUGAUGGGAAUUUUAGUCCAGAACAGCUGGAGCAGCUCCAGCUUGGCAAAAUCAGGUGUAAUAAUUCUGCAGGGAUGGAUUUAGGGCUAUGCUUGUGGGGCACCCGCACUGGGUGCUGAGCCGAGGUGCUCGGCUUUGGGAAGGACGCAUGAGGCUCUGACAGUGUCUUAGAGUCCUUCCGCCUCCUUCCAAAAGCCUAGUUAGUGCUUUCCCAGCUUUGGGAAGGAGCUGGAAGGGCUCUGGGACUCUGCCAGAGCCCUUGCACCUCCUUUCCAAAGUCUGGCGCCUCCUUACCCACCUUUGGGAAGGCAGUGAGAGGGCUGGGAUGUCAAAUGUUGGCCUCGCACAGGGUGUUGUCAGGGACUGUGUUGAGGAGGGCUGCACUGAGGAGGAAUGGGGGAAGUCCACCCCCCUGCUCCAGACCCUGAAUCUUCCCAGGAGCAGGAAGACAGUAUAGAUUUGGAACAGUGGUUUGUAGAGAGACGUAGUUCAGAAGGCAGCAGCUGGGAAAUACUGGAUGGGGAACAGCUAGGAGAAGAAACAUUGGGAGAGAGAGGGUUAACAGAUUCACUGUCUCUGGAAAGCAUUCCUCCGCUUUCCCCAAGGUCAAGAAGAGCUGAGAAAGCGGCAAAACAGAAAGCACACAAAGCACAGAGGGGACAGACUCAGAUUACAAGACGUAGCAGUGAUGUGGAUUAAUAAGGACGUAAGGGGGUGGGAUUCUUAAUUCGGAGCACCACCAUUUCUAGGAGAUGGAUUCUUUGUUCUCUUGCUGUGAUUAUUAAAGUUUCUAACUGGUAAGAAGACUCCUUUUCCUUUGUUCUGCUUAUCUACUGCCACCGGGGGGGGGGGCGAUUCCCUGAAGCCUGACAGGUGCCAUAGUACUCAAGUCCACCACUGAAUUCCGCAAUCGUUCUUUUUAUAUAUAUAUUUUAGACUUCCGACAACAACCUCUGAAGAUUUUCCGUUCUUUAUCACUUGUUCUACAUUUCUUAGUUUCUCCAUUACUUUUAAUUAUCAUUAACUAAUAAUUCUCUUCAUAGUCUUCCUUGCAAUAUUUCACAUACUCCUCCUUGCAGUCCUACUAGCAUAAUCUGUUUAUUACAAUUGCUUUUCAAAUAGUUCAAGUAUUUACUCCAGUCUUCUAAGAAUCUCUGGUCCCGCAGGUUUCGAAUCCUUCCUCUUAAUUUAUCUAAUUCUGCAUAGUCCAUUCAUUUCAUUUGCCAUUCUUCUUUCGUCGGUAAUUCUUCUUGCUUCCAUUUUUGUGCCAAUAAUAUUCUUGCUGCCGAAUUCCGCGAUCAUUCUAUGGCUCAAUUUCUAUGUCACAUUUGAGGAGCCGGCCCAACCAUUUGCCCUUGGGGUGAAGGAAAUUGUCCUUUCUCGCCUUCCUUCGAAAACUCAUCUGCUGGGUUUCAAAAGAGAGGUGCUGCUGGAUCUCAAAUCAAGCCGGAAGAUACGCCUUUUGAUUGGAAGACCUGCCUCUCCCCCUUCCAAUAUGUCUGAGGUUGGCCUGUAGAUAAUUCAGCGGCAAGGACUCCACCAGCUAGUGCACGCAGACCUGGUUGGUCCACUUGCGCCCUCUUUGGGUGGAGCAAGGUACUUCAUGGUUCUAAUUGAUUCUUUUUCCAGGUACAUUCAUGUGUUUAUGCUCGAGCAGAAAUCGCAAGCGUUUCCUAAGUUCAAGGCAUUCUGUGCUUGGUUGGAGAAUGUUCACGGUAAACGUAUUGGCUGUCUGUUUACUGAUCGAGGCGGGAGUUCACUUCUCAGCAGUUUGAAGCUUUCCUGACUGAGAAGGGAAUCCAGCAUAGCCUCUCAAGUCCUGGAUCUCCAUGGGAGAUUUGUGAGCAAGCAAAGCAAACGUUGCUGCAAGGACUGAAAACAUUGUUGCAUGAUGCCAAUCUCCCUGAGAAGUUUUGGGGGGAGUCUUUGAACUCGUUUGUUUACACUUUUAAUCGCAGGUUGUCAUCACCUAUUGGUUGUACUUCCUAUGAGAAGAUGUUUGGUAAGAAACCCAACAUCAAGCACAUGAGAAUCUUUGGUUCUGGCUGAUGAGUUUGCUAAGACAGCAACUGCUGUUCUUAGUAGCUCAGAGAAGGUAUGGGAACCUUCAAGCUUCCAAAGAGGUUCAGGAGUUAACCUCUAAAGAUGCUGAGCCUUGGCUUAAUGCCAUGAAGGCUGAAGUUGAUUCCUUGAACAGGAACCAAACUUGGGAAUUGGUACCGGUAGUCCCAGGGAUGAAACUGGUUGGCAGCAAAUGGGUCUUCAAGGCCAAGACAGACCAGAAUGGCAAGGUUAUCAGACACAAAGCCAGAUUGGUUGCCAGAGGUUUUUCACAGGUACCAGGACAGGAUUACCACGAGACCUACUCACCCACCGUCAAAUAUGAGAGUAUUCGGCUGAUGCUCAAGAUCGCUGCAGAGGAGAAACUGCAUGUUUCCCAUCAUGACAUUAAUACAGCUUUUUUGUACGGGGUUCUGGGGGAGGAGCUGUUUAUGCUUCCACCUGACGGGAUGCAGAUACAGAAGGGAAUGGUCUGUAAACUGCGGAAAUCCUUAUAUGGUCUCAAGCAGAGUGCCAGGUGUUGGAACACAAAACUCACUGAGACAUUGCUUUCCUUAGGUUUUCACCAGGGCAAAGCUGAUCCAUGUGUGUUUGUCAAGGAGGAGGGGCAAAACAAACUGUAUUGUUUAUGUUUUGUUGAUGAUCUUCUGAUGUUUUGGAAGAAUCAGGCUUUUUAUCAAAGCACCCUAGCUCAGCUGAAGGAGCACUUUGACAUGAAGGAUCUUGGUGAGGUAUCCAACUAUCUUUCUCUGCAGGUGGAGAGGGACCAAGCAGGUAAUUUUCUGGUACACCAAACACAGAAAAUUGCUGAUGUAUUAACCAGGUUGAAUUUGGUUGAUGCAAACCCAGCAGACACACCGAUGGUGACAGGUUACCAGGUAGAUAGUACUGCUGAAGCGCUUUCUGACACAACGCUGUACAGAUGCAUUCUAGGCAAGUUGAAUUUCAUUGCUAGAUGCUCAAGACCUGACAUAGCUGUAAGCACUAACCUGCUUAGCAGACAUGCCAACAAUCCUACUGUUCAGGAUUGGAAAGCUCUGAAGCGCAUAGCCCGCUAUUUGAAAGGGACUAUGCACUACAGGCUGAGGUUCACCAGUCAGAAGACUGGAGGUCUUGAAAUCUUUGCAGAUGCAAGUUUUGGAAGUGACACCACGGAUGGUACAAGCACUUCUGGAGUAUGCUACAUGUACAACCACUGCCUGUUUGACUGGUUGUGCAAAAAGCAGACGACAGUGAGCCUAAGUUCCUGUGAAGCAGAACUCAAUGCUCUGUCAUUUUCACUCAUGGAUUGUGAAUGGUUGAUGCAACUGUUUAAGGACAUCGGAGUUUCUGUGAAAUGUCCUGUACAAGUGUAUCAAGACAAUAGAUCGUGUUUGGCUUUGCUGAACUCGGAGAGUUGCAAGCAAAGGACCAAGUACUUGCAGAUUAAGCUACAUCGUGCAAGAGAGUGUAUUCAGAAAGGACUCAUUCAGGUGUCCUACAUGCCAGGAAAUGAAACACACAUGCACUCUGGUCCUUUCCCCUUGCUGCUGCAAAUUUGGUGCCUGGAGUCCAGGGAAGAAGCCCAGCCAAACCCUCCCUUUUCUCCUUCUCAACAUCAUCUUCUUUCCGAAGAGUUUUAUCUGGGAGCCGGGCUUUCUGCCCCCAGAUCCAUAAGGUGCUGUCCAGAAUCCAGAUGUAGGGAUCUCUCUGCCCUGACCCUGAGCACUGCAACCGUCACGCAGGCUGCGGUAGACCGAUAGGUGACUGAUGUAGCUCCUUUGUGUGGAAUCUACUGUUUCCUGUCUUGUCAAUGGUAAAUAAAAAUCUGUGGGUUUUAAGCGUUUCUCACUCCUUGCCUUGCAAUGUACGUUUGGAUCAGGGGAAGCUGCAGAGUGGAGGGUGCUAGGGGAGAAGAAACCUCUGGGCAGAUAUUUAUGAUGGACCCCAAACCUAGAGGCUAAACUGGGAGAAACACAACUCAUUUCUAACUGCAAGGGUCUGUGUACAUGCCUGUUAUGGAAAAAUCUAGGUGUGAGGCUGCUCAGUCACCCAGCUUAUUGGGCUGAGCCCACGGGUCCCUGCGGAAUAAAGGAAGGAGUCCAGCCACCAACUGGAGCAAAUAGCUGUAGACCAAAGUUUAUUGCACAACAGGUUCAAAGAGGAAUUUUGAACCCCGAGGAUGGGGUGACAAGGACUUCUAAAUCUUUCCCACCAUAUCCCAGAAUACAGUUCGUACAGCAUCAUUGCUACAUCACUGACAUGUCACAAAAGGGGGGGGGUAGACAGGGGUUACACCAGUUUAAACUUGGCAAACAUGUCCAGACAAGUCCUUGGUACAAGAUUAGCAUUCCGUAACAACGCCAUUGUCAUCAAAUCACGAUUUGUUUGUUUGUUCCCCUGCCCUUCACCCUAAGGUCCCAGGCCAGGUUACAGCAUUAAAACACAAUAUUGAAAACAACUUACAAUCAUAAGGUAAAAGUAAAGGGACCCCUGACCAUUAGGUCCAGUUGUGGCCAACUCUGGAGGUGCAGCGCUCAUCUCGCUUUAUUGGCCGAGGGAGCCAGCGUACAGCUUCCAGGUCAUGUGGCCAGCAUGACUAAGCCGCUUCUGGCGAACCAGAGCAGCGCACGGAAAUGCCGUUUACCUUCCCGCUGGAGCAGUACCUAUUUAUCUACUUGCACUUUGACGUGCUUUCGAACUGCUAGGUUGGCAGGAGCAGGGACCAAGCAACGGGAGCUCACCCCGUCACGGGGAUUCGAACCGCCGACCUGAUCGGCAAGCCCUAGGCUCUGUGGUUUAACCCACAGCAUCACCCGCGUCCCUUACAAUCAUAAAGUGGGUCCUAAAUACAUACACCUCAAGCCAGGGCAAUCCCUUCAGUAUUCUUCUUCUUUGGCGAUCCCUCGUAGCCGAGUAAGAUUGUCUUCCAUAAACAUGGUUUUAAUCAUGAGUCCGUAAGUGACUGUGGAGGCCAAUUCUGGAUCCACACGUCCUUCCACAGUGGGGACAUAGGUUUUCUGGCAGGAGUUGAUCAUGGUGAGGGUUUGCCUAGUGUGCCUUCCUCUUAGCACUUUUCUCCCUUGCGUCCUGAGUUCAAGUGUCUUCAAAGCCCAUGGCACCUUUGGUAAAGGCUGUUCUCCAAUUGGAGCAGUCGCAGGCUAGUGUUUCCCAAUUGUUGGUGUUUAUAUUACAUUUUUAAAGAUUUGCCUUGAGACAGUCUUUAAACUCUUUUGUUGACCACCAGCAUUGCGCUUUCCAUUUUUAAGUUCAGAGUAGAGCAGUUGCUUUGGAAGACGAUCAUCAGGCAUCCACACAACAUGUCCAGUCCAACAAAGUUGAUGCUGAAGAAUCAUUGCUUCAACACUGGGGAUCUUUGCUUCUUCCAGUACACUGGUAUUAGUUCGCUAUUACACAUUACUUACACUUCCCAAGUGAUGAGUAAAAUUUUUCAGAGACACCGCUGAUGGAAUAUUUCAAGGAGUUGGAGAUGGUGUUUACAAGUGGUCCAUGUUUCACAAGCAUACAUUAAGGUUGGUAGUACAAUAGCUUUGCAAACAAGCAUUUUGGUUUCCCUGCGAAUGUCCCGGUCCUCAAACACUCUGCACUUCAAUCGGAAGAAAGCCACACUUGCAGAGCUCAGGCGAUGCUGGAUUUCGGCAUCAAUGUCGGCCCUUGUGGAAAGAUAACUGCCCAGGUAGGAUAAGUGAUCAACAUUUAUCAAUGUUACACCAUUGAGUUGGAUUUGUGGCACUGCAGAGGGGUUGUUUAGUACUUGUUGGUGCAGCACUUUGGUUUUUUGGAUGUUGAGAGAAACGCCAAAGGUAAAGGACCCCUGGACAUUUAAGUCCAGUCAAACUUGACUGUGGGGUGCAGUGCUCAUCUCGCUUCAGGCUGGUGUUUGUCCACAGACAGCUUUCUGGGUCAUGUGGCCAGCAUGACUAAACCACUUCUGGCACAAAAGUACACCAUGAUGAGUGGCACAGCGCAAGGAAACGCCGUUUACCUUCCGGCUGCGGCAGUACCUAUUUAUCUACUUGCACUGGUGUGCUUUCAAACUGCUAGGUUGGCAGGAGCUGGGACAGAGCAAUGGGAGCUCAUCCCAUCGCGGGGAUUCGAACCGCCGACCUUACAGUCUGCAAGCUCAAGAGGCUCUGUGGUUUGGACCACAUGACCACCCGUGUCCCUUCUACUGUAAGUUAUACAGUGCCAGGCACACUUCUGCGGGGAGGGAGUUGCACAAUUUGGGAGCCACUGCAGUGAAGGCCCUGCUAGGGUUGCCACUUGCCCUGUAUGAUACAGGAUUGUCCCUUAUAUCCAGUGCUACCUUUGUAUAAAAAUAGGUGCCAGAACUCACCACGAACACCUCCCUCGUUCUCUUAGAAUGGCCCUGGCGCCCACCUGAGAGUUGCUGGAACUGAGUUCUGGGGAGUACUGGCUGAAGGAAAAGCCCUGCUUAUACUAGUGGACAAAAUUGUGGAAACCUUAUGGAGAAAGCAUUUCCGAGAUUUGAUGGCUCAUAACACUUCUUUUUUUUUUUUUGCAUAAUACCAUAAAAUUAUACAUCAAUGGAAAGAUAAGUUAAUGAAGAAUGUAGUGGUGUUAUGAGCCAUUAAACCUCGGAAAUACACUUUUUCCAAAAGGUUUCCUCAGUUUUGGCCACUAGUGUAUAUCAGUGUAAAAUGCUAUAUCCUGUAUCGAUUAAAUAAUGUUGUAAACAAAAUCUGCCCUUAUUCCCUUAUGCGGGACACAAGAGCCCUUAUAGAGUCCUUUGUAGGUUCUCCAUCGGUAGGGGAAAAUAACAGAGGCCAACCAGAGAAUAUUGAGAAACAAAGCAGCCAGUAAGCCUGAUCUUUAUUGAACUGUUGCAACAGAACAAAGGUGUGCCUGCUCUUAUAAAGACAUUUUAAAUUGCCCCCCCCCCCGACACAUAAUACCUACAUCACAGAAAGGGGGGUCUACAACAGAAAUUUGAAUGUUGUUGUUUUUCCUGUCUGCCAGAUUAUCCGAUAAUGCCUUAUCUGAUUGCCUUUCCUGGUAGUCUGGCCAUUCCUUUGAGAUGGUGAUUACCCACUUCCUGAGACAAUGGGAAGUUUCCCUCACCCCCUCCCUCCUUGCAGAGAAAACAUUUGGUCAGUUUGGGAGUCAAAAUGGUUUCAGGACGGUCUUCCUGUGCUGCUCCAGACAUGUGGUUUAUAUAUUUAUGUACGUGUUUGCUUGGUACAUUCAUGAACAUUUAUUAAAUGUUGUUGUUGUUGUUUAGUCGUUUAGUCGUGUCCGCCUCUUCGUGACCCCUGGACCAGAGCACGCCAGGCACUCCUGUCUUCCACUGCCUCCCGCAGUUUGGUCAGACUCAUGCUGGUAGCUUCGAGAACACUGUCCCACCAUCUCGUCCUCUGUCGUCCCCUUCUCCUUGUGCCCUCC